CCUCAAAAACGAUCGACGUCUUGGUUUCAGUCUCGGGGAUUAUGACUUGAACCAGAAUAUUUUAAUUUCUGAAAUUUAAGUUUUUCAUACGCGCACAUAUAUAUAGUAUAUAUAAAAAUACAUAUAUAUUUGGAAAAAGAUAUAAUUUACAUAGAGUUUUUGUAUAAUUUUCUUUAUAACUGAGGUGAAAAAGAGAGUUUAUUUCAAACGGAAAAAAUAUAUAUAAUUUAAACGCGAUACAAAUCACACUAUAACGCCGCAAAGGAUAACGAAACGCCUACAGGAAACGAUAAAUCUGUGUUUGAAGUGAAAAAUUGAUAAAUAUAUGAAGAUAAAUCAGUCAAUACAUACAUAUUAAGCAACUAUAGAAAAAAAUUGCCUACGUGAAACUCGAAUAGUGUUUAAAAUCGGAUAGAUACACAUAAGUGGUAUAUUGUUGGAUUGCAUCGCACCGCAUCCAACCAAAUCCAGUCUAUUAUCUAUCCGAUAGCUGAGUAGCUAAGCAAGCAUCCAGUGAGUUACAUACAUCGAUAGUUGCACACAAUCACUCAAUACCUUCAGUUAUCAUUUUAAAUGCGAUAUAGUGUUAAAUAACGAAAAUGCAACGAGAAAAUUCGAAUCCUUAUCAACAGCAGCAACAACAGCUGCAAUCGCAAUCGCAGUCGCAAACGCAGUCUCGUCAGGAAAUGCAGCAAACCUCGAGCCAGCAACAAUACUCGAGCAUGCAGCAACAGCAAAGGACUAGCCGCACCGAGCAGCGCACCGAGCAACGCACCGUCCAGAGUCAGCAAAUCACUCAACAAAGAGUGCAACAUAUUGGCGCAGGCGGUGCCUACACUCCGCCAUCCUUGACGCACGUCUAUAGUCAAGGCGAUAUUUCACCACCGAUAUUUGAGCAAAUUUUCAAGAAUGCCCGUUUCGCACAGGGUGGUAAUGCCCUCUUCGAGGGUAAACUACGUGGCAAUCCAAAGCCAUUCGUUUCUUGGACCCGAAAAGGCGCACCACUUCUCGAGUCACACAAGUUUCGUAUGAGCUAUAACGAGGCCACCGGUGAAGUAUCACUGAUGAUUAACCAAAUCGGCCCAGGCGAUGAAGGCGAAUAUACGUGUACGGCGCGUAAUCAAUAUGGCGAAGCUAUAUGCAGCGUUUACAUCCAGCCUGAAGGCGCGCCAAUGCCAGUACUGCAACCCGUUCAAAAGUUCGAUAAAUCAUUGUACACCAAUGGCUACUCGUACACAUCCAUCGAAGAAGAGUUCCGCGUCGAUACAUUUGAGUAUCGUUUGCUACGGGAAGUGCAAUAUCGUGAGGCUAUUACGCGUCGUUCAGCUUAUGAACAGGACCAAUAUUUAUCGCAAGAAUUGGACCGUUCCAUGGGUCCAGCCCAUGCGCCACAAAUUUCUCAAAAACCGCGCAACUCGAAGCUUGUUGAAGGUUCUGAUGCCGUUUUUAGCGCUAAGGUUGGCUCUAAUCCUAAGCCACGCCUUACUUGGUUCCAUAAUGGUCAGCGCCUAGUACCAUCGCAAAAAUACGAGACUUCAUAUUCCAGUGGUAUAGCUACGAUGCGCGUCAAGAACGCCAGCCAUCAAGAUGCGGGCCACUACACGCUACUCGCAGAAAACACUCAGGGUUGUGUAGUCUCCUCAGCCGUUUUGGCAGUUGAACCAGCUGCAGAAACAACACACGAGCCGAAACCAGUCGAUGUUACGGCUGAGCAGUUGGAAGCUGGCAAAGCUUUGCCACCAACUUUCGUCAAAGGUUAUGCCGAUCGUGAAGUCACUGAGGGUCGCAUGACUCGCUUCGAUUGCCGCGUCACUGGCAAUCCUUAUCCUGAAGUUGUUUGGUUGAUCAAUGGACGUCUAGUUAAAGAUGAUGUGGCACACAAGAUUCUUGUCAACGAAUCGGGUGGUCACUCCCUUAUGAUUACGAACGUUAGUCGCCUAGAUAGUGGCUCAGUACAGUGUUUGGCACGUAACAAGGCUGGUGAGGUAGCCAUCGAGGCGCAACUGAAUGUGCUGGAAAAAGAACAGAUUGUCGCACCACAAUUUGUUCAAAGAUUCAGCACAAUGACCGUACGUGAAGGCGAACCUAUUACCAUGAGCGCUAAUGCCAUCGGUACUCCUGUGCCACGUAUAACAUGGCAAAAGGACGGUGUGCAGAUUUCAUCUACUUCUGAACGCUUUAUCGGUGUGGAUGGUGGCGCUACUUGUUUGGAAAUUCCACGCGUCACGGCCACCGACGCCGGCUGGUAUCAAUGCACAGCACAAAACAUUGCUGGCUCGACUGCGAAUCGUGCAAGACUCUAUGUAGAAGUUCCCAGGGAACAACCAUCGCAUGAACAAAGACGUCUCAAUUUACCGCGGCCAACGAAAAUCAUCGAACCAGAGCCCAUUCCUGGUCCAGAAAUAAUUUAUUUACGCCAUGUAGAACGCGCAAAGCCACACUUGCGCCCUGGUGAGGAAGACCGUGUCUACCCACCACCGCAAUUCAUCAUACCACUGCAGAAUGUGCAGCAAGUUGAAGGUAACAAAGUGCAUAUGGAGGCACGCAUCGAACCAGUUGGUGAUCCAACUAUGGUCGUGGAAUGGUUCCUAAAUGGACAACCAAUGGCAGCAAGCUCACGCGCUACCUCUGUAUUUAAGUUCGGUUUCAUAGCGCUCGAUCUUUUGAGCAUUAUGACACACGACUCCGGUGAAUACAUGUGCCGCGUCAGUAAUGCAGCUGGCGUUGCUGAAUCUCGCGCCAUUCUCUCUGUCAUCCAACGUCCCUCAAUCGAACAAAGCUCCCAGAAUCCAAAUAGCUUACAAUAUAUUAACCAAUUGGAAGAUUAUUCACGCUAUCAACGACAAGAGAGCUCUGAGGAGCUAAUGAAUCAGUCACCAGUUUUUAUUCGCCCACUAAGGGAUUUGGGCGAAUUCGAGGAGGGCAAGAACGUGCACUUUGAAGCUCAAGUUACCCCGGUUAACGAUCCCACCAUGCGUGUUGAAUGGUACAAAGAUGGUCGCCCGAUUACUGCUAGCUCGCGAAUCACCGCAAUCUUCAACUUCGGCUACGUCUCCCUGAACAUCUUGCACCUACGGGCUGAAGAUGCUGGUUCGUAUACAGUACGUGCAGUAAAUCGUGUGGGUGAAGCCACCAGUACCUCAAACAUACGAGUGAACAUACGUUCUGAGGUUACCGCGGACUUGGGUAUACCCGAACAACAACGUUAUAUUGAGAAAGUUGAAGAGUUAGAAGACUACAGGAAGUCCCAACAACGCCGUCAUGUGCAGGAGGUGCCUGAGCCAAUCGCACCACCAAAAUUCAAAACUCCCAUACAAAAUCAGUUGGAUAUACGUGAGGGCGCGCAUGCUCAUUUUGAAGCACGUCUUGAACCUAUCGGCGAUGCUACCAUGCGCGUAGAAUGGCUCAAGGAUGGCCAACCACUAGAAGCUAGCUCGCGUAGCACAACCUACUUCAAUUUCGGCUAUGUUGCAUUGACUAUUAAGCAACUGACAAUUUACGAUGCUGGCACUUACACCUGCCACGCUUACAAUGCCAUCGGACAAGAUACAACCACGGCACAAUUGACUGUGCUUUCAAAGAAGGAUAUUGUAUCUGAUUCCCAGCACCCAGGUGGUUUGGAAAAGAUACAGCACUUGGAGGAUACUUCGCGUUAUGGACGCACUGAAGAGGAGGAGACCAGAGUUACGCAAAUUCCACGUUUCCUCGGUCCAAUGAAGGGAACCAACAAGAUUUUGGAGGGCCAACGAGCUCAUUUUGAGGCCCGCGUAGAGCCGCAAAGCGACCUCAGUUUACAGAUUGAAUGGUAUCAUAAUGGGCGCGCCAUUAGUGCGGCCACACGUAUACAAACUUACCAUGACUUUGGUUACGUCGCUUUAGAUAUCUCGCAAGUUCGUGCCGAAGAUGCGGGUGUGUACACGGUUGUAGCGAGAAAUAAGUUAGGUGAAGCACAAUUGCAAGGAACGAUGGUAGUAGAGACUCGUUCCAGCAUUGAUACAUCUAGCAUGCACCGCGGUCUUUACGAGAAGACUCAAAACUUAGAGAACAGGCCAUUCGUUGAGCCCCAAUACGACAUUGAAGAGAUCUCCAAGUCGAAGCCAAUUUUCGUGCAGCCACUUUCCGAUCAUAAACCAAUUCAUGAGGGCAAAAAUAUUCAUUUGGAAUGCCGUUUGGAACCGAUGGGUGAUCCUACCAUGCGUGUUGAAUGGUUCCAUAAUGGCCGCCCCAUAACUGUUGGAUCACGCUUCCGUACUUACUACGACUUCGGCUUCGUCGCACUUGAUAUUGUGCAAGCGACCGCUGAAGACUCUGGUGAAUACACUUGCCGCGCUACAAACCAUUUGGGUUCAGCACAUACUUCUUCGUGUGUACGUGUUAUUGAUCGCUCAGAUAUUGUUACCGAAACUCAAAACGAAAUGUCGCUAGAACAAAUUCAGCAACUAGAGGACGCAACACGCCGUCGCCACCAUGUUGAAGAAGACAUUACUGUCAUGCAGGCACCGCAAUUCACACGCCCGCUACAUAACAUCGAAACAAUUGAGGGCACUAAUGUUCAUUUGGAGUGCCGUUUGCAACCAGUGGGCGAUCCAAGCAUGCGUGUGGAAUGGUUUGUCAAUGGCAAACCCGUUAAAACUGGUCACAGAUUCCGUCCAGCAUAUGAGUUCGACUAUGUUGCUCUCGACCUGCUCGGCUGUUAUGCCGUUGACUCUGGUGUAUAUAGCUGUCAAGCUCGUAAUCAACUUGGCGAAGCCGUCACUUCGUGCUCGGUACGCAUUAUCGCUAAGAGCGAUCUGAUUUUAGAGACUCAAAAUGAGUCUGGUCUGCAAAAGAUUGCUUACUUGGAGGAUUCGUCUCGCUAUCGCCGAAGCGAAUAUGUUGAUGAGGUUGUCAAUGUACGCCCUCGUUUCCUUACCCAUCCAAAGAGCCUCACAAAUAUGCGCGAGGGUAGUCACGCUCAUUUUGAAUGCAAAAUUGAGCCUGUCACAGACUCAAACUUAAAAGUUGAAUGGUUUAAAAAUGGUCGCCCCAUCACAGUCGGCCAUCGCUUCCGACCAAUUCAUGAUUUUGGAUACGUAGCUUUAGAUAUUGUCGAUCUAAUUGCCGAAGACUCUGGCGUUUACACUUGUCGCGCCGUCAACUUGAUUGGUUCGGACGAGACACGCGUAGAAUUGCAAUGUCGCAGUAGCGAACAAAUUGUUACCAUUACUCAAAACGAAGCCGGCUUGGAACAAAUCCAUUAUUUGGAGGACCGCUCGCGCUAUACACGACGUGAAGAAAUCGACGAAACUACCAAACAAGCACCAGUGUUUACAACAUCUUUGAAGAAUGUCGAGAUAAAAGAAAACCAACGCGCACAUUUCGAAUGUCGCUUGAUUCCCGUCUCAGAUCCCUCUAUGCGUGUUGAAUGGUACCAUAACAAUAUGCCACUUAAAUCAGGCUCUCGCUUCACUGAAACCAACAAUUUCGGUUUUGUAGCCCUAGAUAUUAUGUCCUGCUUGCCUGAGGAUGCUGGAACAUAUACAUGCCGUGCCUUCAAUGCUGUCGGUGAGGCUAUUACUUCAGCUGUUGCUAUUGUACACACGAAGAAGUCAAUUUAUUUGGAAUCACAGCACGAGAGCGCUUUGCCCCAUCUACAACAUUUAGAAGAUGGCGCCAAACGUCAACGUAUGAGCGCUCAAGAGGAGGUGGUUAGUCAAGCACCAGUCUUCACCUUGCCUGUGCGCGAUGUACGUGUCGCCGAAGGUCAGGCCGUACACUUUGAAGCUCGUUUAAUACCAGUUGGUGAUCCCCACCUAAAAGUGGAAUGGUUGCGCAAUGGACAACCGAUUGAAGCUUCAAAUCGCACCACCACAAUGCAUGACUUUGGAUAUGUUGCAUUGAACAUGAAGUAUGUGAAUCCAGAAGACUCUGGCACUUACACUUGUCGUGCCGUUAACGAACUCGGUCAAGCAGUUACCUCAGCCUCACUCAUCGUGCAAUCCAAAACUUCCAUUCAAAUGGAAACCCAACAUGAGGCCGCUAUGCAUAAGAUUCACCAACUAGAAGACCAUACCAAAUAUCAACGUCGCGAGGAGGAGGAGUACGUAGUUAGCCAACCACCACGUUUCGUCACAAAAUUGAUAGGCCCCACCAACCUGGUUGAAGGUCAAAGCGCACACUAUGAAUGUCGCAUUGAACCAUAUCCCGAUCCCAACCUCAAGGUUGAAUGGUUACACAAUGGCAAAGCAUUGAGCACGGGCCAUCGUUUCCGUAACACAUAUGACUUUGGAUUCGCCGCACUGGAUAUACUUACCGUUUAUGCUGAAGACAGUGGCGAAUAUACCUGCCGUGUUACCAACAAAUUGGGCGAAGCGGUUAACUCCAUUCGUCUUAAUGUGCAAUCCCGUUCAGCGAUCAUUCGGGAAACACAACACGAAGAAGCAUUGCAGAAAAUCCAACACUUGGAAGAUGAAUCACGCUACCAGCGUAAGGUCGAAGAAGAACAAUUCCUCGCAGAGCGCCCACAGUUUGGACGUCCAUUGCGCAACGCAAAUGUGAACGAAGGUACACCCGUACAUUUGGAGGCCACCCUGACGCCAGUUAAUGAUCCAACCAUGAAGGUUGAAUGGUACUGUAAUGGCAUGCCGAUUCAAACCGGUCACCGCUUCAAGACCACAUACGACUUCGGGUUCGUCGCCUUAGAUAUAUUGUAUACGCAUGCUGAAGAUACAGGCACUUACAUGUGCAAGGCUAAGAAUGCCGUAGGGGAAGCUGUCACGACUUGUGCUGUAAACGUAACAGCAAAUAAGACAUUGGACCUCGACACCAUGGAUGCCCAACGCUUAGAGAAGAUUCGCCAGCUUGAGAACUAUGCACCUCCUUCUAAACCUGUUGUGGAAGAAAAGGGCCAGAAACCCAUAUUCCUGACACCGCUCAGUAAUUUGGAGCACCUUAAGGAAGGUGAUCAUGCCCAUUUGGAGUGUCGUGUCGAACCAAUUAACGACCCUAAAUUGAAGAUAGAGUGGUUCUGCAAUGGCAAGCAACUACCAACCGGUCACCGCUUUAGAACCACACACGACUUUGGUUACGUCGCCUUGGACAUCUUGCAUGUCUAUGGUGAGGACUCAGGCACAUACAUGUGCAAAGCUACUAACUUGCUUGGUGAAGCUGUCAACACCUGUAAUGUUCGUAUAUUGAACCGUCGCAGCAUGAUACUGGAUACUCAGCAUCCAGAUGCAUUGGAGAAAAUACAGAAAUUGGAAGCCAAGGCCGCUCCAGCGCGCACCGAGCCCGGUGAUUUACCCAUUGGUCCACCACACUUCACUGCCGAACUGCGUGGUACUACUGAAAUCUUUGAAGGUCAAACAGCUCACUUUGAGGCUCAGGUAGCGCCAGUUCAUGACCCCAACUUGCGCAUUGAGUUCUAUCACAAUGGAAAACCAUUGCCCUCGGCUUCACGUUUCCAUAUUACUUUCGAUUUUGGAUAUGUUUCAUUGGACAUCACACAUGCUGUGCCAGAGGAUGCUGGUGAAUACUCUGUUCGUGCUGUCAAUGCAAUGGGCCAGUGUGUUUCUUCAACAAGUUUGAAGGUUAAUGCUCGUGGUACUAUCAUUUCGGAAAGCCAACACCCUGAAGGUUUAGAGAAGAUUCGCAAACUCGAAUCGAAUGCUCCCUUCCAACGCCCAGAAAUUGAAUCACCAGGUACCAGACAGCGACCAGUAUUCACACAGCCAUUGCAGAAUAUCGAUCGCAUUAAUGAACAUCAAACUGCGCACUUCGAGUGCCGCCUUAUUCCGGUUGGUGAUCCCAAUCUGAAGGUAGAAUGGUACCGCAACGAGAAACUCAUCGAGGAUAGCUCCCGUAUUACCAAACAACACGACUUCGGAUUUGUCUCCUUGGACAUUUCACAUAUCCGUAAAGAGGAUGAAGGUGUGUAUAUGUGUCGCGCGGUCAACCCACUUGGUGAAGCCGUCACUACUGCUUCUAUGCGCGUGGUUACUGAAGCAUCUAUUCAAAUGGAUACUCAGCAUCCAGAUAGUAUAAGCCGCAUCCACCAAUUGGAACGCCCAGCUGCACCACGCGCCGAAGAACCAGAGCGAGCAUUCGAAAAACCAAUAUUCACGCAGCUACUCACAGGCCCAUCUGAGUUAUGGGAGGGCCAACACGCUCACUUUGAGGCCCGUGUGGUACCAGUUGGCGAUCCAUCACUGAAGUUUGAAUGGUACAUCAAUGGUGUAGAAUUGAAGAUGGGUUCACGCCUGCGCACCACGCAUGAUUUCGGUUUCGUUACACUCGACAUCAAUGCAGUUGUGCCUGAGGAUGCUGGUGUGUACAUGUGCCGUGCUUAUAAUGCAGCUGGCGAAGCUGUCUCCUCUACUGCCAUGAAAGUGAAAACUAAAUCCAACAUCGCCGGCGAACCACUGAUACCUGAAUCUUGGGAAGCUAUUCGCCAGAAAGAGGCUGCCAUGAACCGUGUGCCAGAAAUGUUUGUUGAUACUACACCACAACAAGCUCCAGUCUUCACCACGCAUUUACAGAGCUUUGACAAGCUCUCCGAAGGCCAACACGUGUUGCUUGAAGCUCAAGUUGAGCCACGAGCUGACCCUAACUUACGCAUUGAGUGGUUCAAGAAUGGUAUCUCACUCACUACUGGCUCACGCAUACGCAGCACCUUCGACUUCGGAUUGGUUACGCUUUCCGUUAACGGAUUGCGCGCCGAUGAUUCUGCUAUUUACACUUGCAAGGCCACAAACCAAAUCGGUGAAGCUGUAUCGACAUGCAGUCUCAAGAUUGAAGAUCGUCAUUGGUUCCAAGGUGAGUCACUACAUCCAGACUCGUUGCCGCGAAUUGGUGAAUUGGAAGCACCCAAACCUGGACGCCCAGAGGCACCCGAGCCAGUCUAUGAAGUCCCUGUUUUCACUACUCAUUUAAACAAUAUCGAGUGUAAAGAAGGCGAUAACGUACGUUUCGAAUCGAUGGUCGAACCAUCACGUGACCCAACAAUGCAAAUCGAAUGGUCCUACAAUGGGCAACCAUUACAAGCUGCCGCCAAAUUUAAGUCUAUUUACGAUUUUGGUUACUGUGCACUGGAUUUGACUAAUACCUACCCAGAGAAUAGCGGUGUAUACACACUGAAAGCAACCAACAGUAAAGGAUCAGCCACAACCUCCGGAACACUCAAGUGUACUGGUGGUAAGACUUUCAUUUUAGAUACUCAACAUCCACAAGGCGAAGCUGGUUUGGAGGCUGUUAGGGAAACCGAGGAGGAAUUGGCAAAUCGCUACUCCCGCCAAGUUUCGAAGCCCGAAACCCAAUACCCAGCGCCAGUUUGGACAAAACCAUUGCAAGCUGAAUUCCAUCUCUCCGAAGCACAAUCGCUCCAUUUAGAAGGCAACGUUGAACCCAAGGAAGAUCCUAACCUAUUUAUUGAGUGGUACUUCAAUGGCAAGAUUCUUCAGCAUGGCUCACGCUUUAAGAUGACUAGUGAGUUUGGUUUCGUCACUAUGGAUGUGAUUGAAAUCUAUGAGCGCGAUCAAGGUAUUUACACUUGCAAAGCGUACAAUAAGGCCGGUGAAGCAUUUACCACCACAACCAUCUUCUGCACUGGCAAAGAAAGCAUUAUCGAAAAGACACAACAUCCAAAAGGUGCAGAAGGUUUGGAACAAAUCCAAGAUUUGGAGGAAUCACUACGCAAGGACGGAAAGAAACCAGAACAGCCAGAAGAAGGCAUGGCUCCUCGUUUCACCACUGAAUUCAUUGACAUCAAGGAUGUUGGUGAGGGUGAGAUUGCCCAUUACGAAGCUAAUCUCAUACCAACUGGGGACCAAAGUAUGGUCAUUGAAUGGUUCUACAAUGGUAAGGUACUGGAAGCUAGUCAUCGUGUGCGUACCAUUUAUGCUUUCGGUAUGGUUGCAUUGGAAAUUCUGGGCACCAAGAUCGAAGACACUGGAACCUACACAUGUCGUGCCACCAACAAAUAUGGUAGCGCUGAAAUUAGCUGUGUACUAGAAUGCGUUGAAAAGCCACGUGGCCAAAAACCACGCUUCACUUCCCACAUUCAAUCAUUGGAAGGACUUAAGGAUGGUCAGUCAGCUCACUUCGAAUGCACACUCAUACCAGUCAAUGAUCCUGAUCUUAAGGUCGAGUGGUACCACAACGGAAAACUGUUGCGCCAUUCAAAUCGCGUCAAGACUGUGUCCGACUUCGGUUAUGUUGUAUUGGAUAUUGCCUAUCUACAAGACCAUGACAGUGGUGAAUACAUGUGCCGUGCCUACAACAAGUACGGUGAAGAUUUCACUCGCGCAACACUCAAUUGCCGUGGCCGUGGUGGCGUCUUCUACGACACCUUGCAGCCUGACUCAUUGCCAAGAAUUCGUGAGCUGGAAUGCCCUCAAGGGCAACAGGGUGAUACCAGUGCCCCAGUGGUGGCCGAACCACCCAAAUUUAUUACUCAAAUCACGGACAUUACAAAAUUGGUGGAGGGACAGAGUGCGCAUUUCGAAGCACGUCUUACGCCUGUUACCGAUCCAGAUCUUAAGGUUGAAUGGUAUUUCAAUGGCAAGAAAUUGCCACAUGGACACCGUUUCCGUACCUUCCACGAUUUUGGCAUAGUCAUUUUGGAUAUAUUGUAUUGCUACGAGGAGAAUUCAGGUGUAUAUGAGUGCCGUGCAGUGAACAAAUAUGGCGAAGACGUAACACGUGCCACCCUGAAGUGCACUUCCAAGGCGAACUUAAUUCUGGACUCACAACUGCCACGCGGCAUGGAAGGUGGUUUGGAAAAGAUUGCUAAUCUUGAAUACAGCAUGAUUCGUACCCGCGACGAAACUGUUGAAGAAAGCAAGGGCAAGGCACCAGUGUUCACUGUGCCUCUUGAGAACAUCGACAACCUACGUGAAGGUGAAAAUGCACACUUUGAAGCGCGCGUCACACCAACUGACGACCCACGCCUCCGUGUCGAAUGGUUCUGGAAUGGACGCCCACUCAAAGCAGGCUCUCGCUUCCGCACAUUCUGCGACUUUGGUUUUGCCAUCUUGGAAAUCUCUCCAGUCUAUCCUGAAGACUCGGGAGAAUAUUCUUGCCGUGCAAUCAAUGAAUACGGCGAAGCUGUGACCACUGCCACCAUGAAGAUUCAAGGCAAACGCAGCAUUAUCAUGGAGUCUCAACUGCCAAAGGGCAUGGAAGGCACCAUUGAUCGCAUUGCAGAACUUGAGGGUCUGGGUGUGCGCAGUACGGAAUUCGCGCCGGAAGAUGAGAGUGGUAAACCACCAGAGUUUAUAACAACACCAUUCGAUAUGGUUAUCUCCGAAAAUUCACUUGCACACUUCGAAUGUCGCUUGCAACCCGUCAAUGAUCCAAGUAUGCGUGUCGAUUGGUUCCACAAUGGCAAAGCCCUAUGGGCUGGUUCCCGCAUCAAGACAAUCAACGAUUUUGGCUUUGUAAUUUUGGAAAUUGCCGGUUGUUAUCAACGCGAUUCGGGCUUGUACACUUGCAAGGCUACAAACAAACAUGGAGAGGCCACAGUUUCGUGCAAGCUGCAGGUGAAAGGACGCCAAGGUAUCAUUGUUGAGCCACAAUUGCCCUCGAACUUCCGUACAGGUACGGAGAGUUUGCAGAAACUGGAAGAAAGUAUGCACAAACGUGAAGAAAUAGUGAUCGACGAGGAACAACCAAAUCCACCUAAAUUCAUUGAGGAAAUUAAAGACAACCUCGAUGUACCCGAAAGUGGACCAAUUCACUUCGAUUGCCGUGUCGAACCAGUUGGUGAUCCAACAAUGCGUAUUGAUUGGUUCUACAAUGGACGUCCUAUGCCAACCGGUUCUCGUGUACAUCAGCUCAACGAUUUCGGCUUCAUUGCCAUGGAUAUUGAUUACAUCUACGCACGUGAUGCUGGCGAGUACACUUGCCGUGCAACCAAUAAAUGGGGCACCGCCACAACCACUGCCAAGGUGACUUGCAAGAGCAAACAUAAUAUCAUAUACGAUACACAAUUGCCCGACGGCAUGACGACUGAAAAAUUGAAGGAACUUGAACGUGGUCGCAUACCCGAUGUGCCAAAGAUAGAGGAACCCGACUUCGGACCACCAGAGUUUGUUACGGAAAUCCAAAAUGUCACAGUGGAAGAAGCCGAAGCAAUGCGUUUCGAGACUCAAGUGGAGCCAAAGACCGAUCCCAACUUACGGGUGGAAUGGUAUCGCAAUGGCAAGUUACUGCCAAGCGGGCAUCGUUACAAAACCAUUUUCGAUAUGGGUUAUGCAUCGCUCGAUAUUUUGUAUGUGUAUGCUGAAGACUCGGGCGAAUAUGUGUGCCGUGCGGUGAACAAAUAUGGCGAGGCGCGUACUAGGGCAACAAUUUCCUGCAAAAAGUUGCCAACGAUUUUGCUACAAAACCAAGUUCCACGCGGCAUGAAACGUACAGAAACCCUCACUCAAAUGGAGGCCACAAUAAAGAAAUAUACCUCAGAAGUGCAUUUGACUGAGGAUGACCUCUACGAUCCAGAUCGUAAGCAACCGCCACGUUUUGUUACCCAAAUCAAGGAUCAAACCACACUCACAGAAAUGGCAACUAGCAAAUUCGAAUGCCAAUUGGCGCCAGUUGGAGAUCCGAACAUGAAGGUUGAAUGGUUCUUCAAUGGCAAACCGCUGUUAUACAAGAAUCGCUUCCAGCCCAUCUACGAUUUCGGUUAUGUGGCCAUGAACUUUGGUUGGGUAUAUCCAGAGGACAGCGGUGAAUAUGUAUGCCGUGCCACUAAUCUCUAUGGCAAAGACGAGACUCGUGCAUUCAUUAAAGUCUCCGGCAAGCCUGGCAUUGUAUACGAUUCACAAUUACCCGCGCAUAUGCAGGAAGCAUCUAUUCAGCGCAUACGAGAAAUGGAGGCCUCAUGGCAAGUUGUGCCAGACGAGGUGGAUCCGGAUGCGAAACCUAGAGCUAAACCAACUUUCGUCAGCAAAUUGGAGCCGCAAACAGUUGAGGAAGGCGAACCGGCACGCUUCUGUGUACGCGUAACCGGUCAUCCACGACCGAGAGUUAUGUGGCUCAUCAAUGGUCACACCGUUGUACAUGGCUCACGUUAUAAACUAACGAACGAUGGAAUGUUCCAUUUGGAUAUUCCAAAAACACGACAAUACGAUACAGGCAAAGUCGAAGUAAUCGCACGCAAUUCGGUCGGUGAAGCGAUUGCGACCACCGCACUGAACGUGGUAGAGCGUUCAGAUGAUUAUCGCGGCGUAUUGAAGAAUUCACCACGUCCUUGGUAUGAUUAUGAACUAACUGCUUACCAAAAAGAACGCCAAGAAACCGAAUUGGAGAAAAUAUUCGAUGAGCGCAAGCAGUAUUUGGCUGAACAGGGUAAGCCAUUGAAGGGUGUCGAACACUUGAAACCGAAGCAAAUCAAGCCCGAGGCUCCCGAAUGGCAACAAACGGUUAAUGCCAAAAAGAGUGAGGAUUACUACAGCAAACUUCAAGAACUAGAAACGGAGCAAUUGCUGAAGGAGACCAAUUUGCGCCAAGAAUCACAUCAAUAUGCGAUACCCGGCGAAAAGAUCGUGCAAAGCUCUGCUGCCAAGGGCAUGGCCAAAUCAUAUGAGGAAAAUUUGGAAGAGCAGUCGUCCGCAACCACUGUCGGUAAGAAGGUUGUAAAGAGACCACCAAUUGAACCCGCUGAAUCAUCCGUGCAUGGCCGCGAAGUGAUAAUGAACAAACAACAGCAAACUCAAAAGGAAGUAGUAGGUGAUUUGGAGAUUACACGUAAAAUUACUGCUACCGAAACUACUGAAAUGGAACAUAAAGGCACCGUGCAGGAGCGCGUUGUCAAGGGUCCAGUACAACCCUCAAAAGCACCUGUGUUCACGAAGAAAAUCCAGCCAUGUCGCGUGUUCGAAAACGAACAAGCCAAAUUUGAAGUGGAAUUCGAUGGCGAACCAAUGCCAACUGUAAAAUGGUACCGUGAAAACUUCCCCAUCAAGAGUUCACCAGAUUUGCAAAUCCACACCUUUAGCGGCAAGUCCAUACUAAUCAUACGCCAGGUUUUCGUCGAGGAUUCGGCCGUAUUCUCAUGUAUCGCUGAGAAUCGUGGAGGUACUGCGAAAUGCAGCGCUAAUUUGGUAGUUGAGGAACGUCGACGUGCCGGCAAGGGUGGUCUUACGCCGCCCAGCUUUGUCAAUGUUAUUCAAAGCACAACAGUAUCCACUGGUCAAUUGGCACGUUUCGACGCCAAGGUAACCGGUUCACGUCCAAUGGAUGUUUAUUGGCUGAAGAAUGGCCAGAAGGUACAGCCAAGCAUCAAAUUCAAAAUGCUUGAAGAGGACAAUCUUUACACGCUUCUCAUUAUCGAACCGUUUGCCGAAGAUUCGGGCCGUUAUGAGUGUGUAGCCGUUAAUGUAGCCGGUGAAGCACGUUGUGAUGCGGAUUGCGUCGUACAAUCACCCACCAAACCCGAGAAACCCACCACACCUGGCAGCGAAAAGCCGCCACAUAUUGUAGAGAAACUGAAGAGCCAAUCCGUGGAAGAAGGUAGCAAAGUGAUCUUCCGUUGCCGCAUUGAAGGCAAACCCACACCAACGGCACGCUGGCUACGCGGUGAAAACAUUGUGAAACCAUCGCGUUACUUCCAAAUGACACGUCAAGGUGAAUACUAUCAACUGGUGAUUUCUGAAGCCUUCCCCGAAGACGAGGGCACAUACAAGUGCGUCGCUGAGAAUAAGCUGGGUAGCAUUCAGACCAGCGCUCAAUUGAAGGUGCGUCCAAUUGAGAAUCUCGAUGCGCCACCAACCAUCACUGCACUGAAGGAUGUCUCCGUGACGGAGGGUAUGCCAGCUCAAUUCAAAACCACCGUUACCGGCAAAGUGAAAGCCACCAGUGUACAAUGGUUCCGUGAGGGUGCUCUUAUACCGGAAACCCCUGAUUUCCAAAUGAUCUUUGAUGGGAAUAGUGCCGUACUACUUAUUGGAACAACUUAUGAGGAGGAUUCGGGCAUUUUCACCGUUCGUGUUACCUCAUCAACUGGACAGGUCGAGUCGUCAGCUAAGUUGACUGUUAAAAAGCGACGCAUUUCGGCCUAUCAAUUACGUCCCAUCGAUUCCGGUGACGAUGAAACCUCAUCGUCAGGGAAAGAAGACAGCUCGCCAGAGUCCCCUCAUCCACAACAACAGCCCGGCCCACCACAGUAUGGUCAAUAUUUGGCCAUCAAUGGGCAAACACCUCAUCAGGGACGUGCACGCACCAAGAAGCCUCGCAGUAAAUCAUUACAACCGCAAUCAAAUAUUGUACCCUGGCGCAAAUCAUCUCGACCUAGACGUGGUCGUUCUUUAGAUAAACAACCCUUCUUCCCCGGUUACAAACCGGAACCAAUUAAGUCAUGGACUGAGGAAACUAUAAGUCUAAAACCAACACCAAUCGAAAAGAAAGUAAUUAAAAAAUUAGAGGCAGCUACAGUUGAGCUCAAGUCCAUUAAGGAUCAACGUAAUCAAGGUUUGAUGAGCAUUGGCGAAACACUUGAUAAAAUUAUAGCCGGCAAGACUGAAAAGGAAGCCAUUCCAUGGGUAGUGAUGCGUGACAAAUUGAAACAUGUCGAAAGUGUGCAAAAACAAUUAGAUAAAUUCGAUUUGGAUGAAGUAUACUUACGACCGAUCGAACAGCCAAUACUCACAGACCAACAAGCACCACAACAGGCGCAACAAGAGCAAAUCGAACGAACCAAAGAGAUUCAACGACUACGCAGUAUGGAGAGUAUUGAAAUUACCGAGAUGACAGAACAGAUCGAAAAAUUAAUAACGAAACAUCAAAAGGAGGGCACUAUUCCAUGGAAGGAAAUGCGUCAACAAUUGAAGAGUGUACAACGUGUUCAUAAUGAAAUCGAGAAGUUCAAAAUUGAAGAAGUUGAAUUACGCCAUCUGCAGGCACAAACCACAACUACAGACGAAGUGAGCAGCGCAACUCACAGCACUGCCUAUAUGACUGUGGAUGAAAGCUCAAAAGGAUCCAUACAAAAAGUUCUUCGCAAGGAGGAUAUCCAACAGUAUGGUGAAGAUGUCACCGAUAUUCAUAAGCAACAAUACAUCAUAAGUGAAGAUAUUAAUAUGCUGAGUGUUGCCGAGCGUGAGAAGCUUGAGGCUCAACGUAUCAUUCAGCAACAGCAAGCAGUAAACUGGCGCCAAGGACGAAAGGUCCCAACGUUGCAACCUCUUACUUCAAUUGAGGAUACUUCAAUAUUAAAGACAGGGGUCACGACUCAAGAACAGCUCACACAAAAUUUACAACAGCAAAAAUACACUACUGUUGAAGACACAAAAAUGAUGAGCAUAGAGGAGUAUGAGCAUCUUCAAAUGAUGAAGCGUACACAAGAAGAUAAGGCGGUCGAAUGGCGUCAACCCAGACAAAGACAAGAGUAUCAAGAAGUUGAGGAUUCUACCAGACUUACAAUGCAAGAGCGCCAAGAUACUGAGGAACAACAAUUCGCGCAACCACAGCCCACUACAUGGGAUCGUGGCAGAAAGAAGUCGCAGCCUAAACAGGUGCAACCUCAAGUGCCACAACCCGCUGAACAAUAUCCAGAACAGCUCAAAACAUACGAGGAAGCUGUUGAUAUACUACCCGAAGAGGCUGUGCCAGCAAAACCAACCGAGCAGCCAUCGGCAGUCAUGUGGGAACGAGGUAGAAAGAAGGUCAUUACGCAACAACAACAAAUCGAUGAAAUUCGGCAAGUCACUGAGGUAGCACAGCAGCAGUUGGUGGAUCAACAGCAAAUUGAGGAAGAGCAACAUAUUCUUGAAGUAGCCAAGAAGACUACCCAACGUAAAAUACUUGCUCCUCGUGAGCCUGAACAGAAGGUAGAACAAGUUGUACUAAAGCCUACCCCCAGGCCACGACCCAAAUUGCCACAAAAGACAGAAGAAGUUCAAAUUCAACCACUGAAACGCACACAGGCUUCACAAAAGUUUGAAGAACAACCGACGCGUGCUUUUGAGGAAGCUGUAGACACACUUGAAGUAGAGGAAACCCCGCAGCAACCAGAGCCACUACAGCCUGUAAUGUGGGAACGAGGAAAAGGAAAACCAAAAAGAGCAGACGAAGAAAUUUCUGAACAGCCAACAAAAGCUUAUGAAGAAGCAGUGGAUGAAAUUUCAGAGCAAGCUUUACCACAACAACCAGAGCAGCCGCAACCAAUAUUGUGGGAACGUGGCAAGAAGAAACCAACGGUUCAAUCACAGGAAGUGCGACAGGUAGAACAACAACAACAAACAAUUGUAGAAGAAACAACUGCAGCAGAUGUUAAGAAAGUUUCACGUAAAGUAAUUCCACAGGAACCAGAGCAAAAAGUGGAGCAGGUCGUACUUAAACCAACACCCAGGCAGAAGCCCAAAGAAACGCCUAAAGCAGAGGAAGUGCAACUUAAACCAGCCAAACGGCCGCAGCCAUCAUUGGCCGCAGAAGCAGAACAACAGAAACCAAUUCAAGCAUACGAGGAAGCUGUUGACGAACUUCCAGAAGGGACACAGCCCCAACAGCCAGAGAAACAAGAACAACCAGUUUUAUGGGAACGUGGCAAAAAGAAGCCGAGCAAACUUGCCGAACAAAAGGUGGAAGAACAACCCUCAAAAGCAUUUGAAGAAGCUGUGGACGAAAUUGUUGAGCAACCUCAAGAGAUUGGAGAAGUUGUGCGGAAAGAGCAAGAAUCUAUUUCGGAAGAACUUGCUAUUGUUGAAGAAACUAAAAAGAAGACUCUUCGCAAAAUAAUUCCUCAAGAGCCAGAACAAAAGAUGGAGGAAGUGGUCCUCAAACCAACUCCUAGACAUAAGCCAAAAGAAGCGCCCAAACCAGAGGAAGUUCAACUGAAACCUCAGCAGAAACAAAUUGCCGCAGAAAAACCUCAACAGCCCACAAAAACAUUUGAGGAGGCUGUUGAUGAAAUAAAAGAAGUAGCUCAAACAGAAGAACAACCAGAACCAGUCAUGUGGGAACGUGGAAAGAAAAAGCCUGCCAAGAUUACUAAAGAUAAGCACGAAGAGGUGUUAGUUCCAGCACAAGAAGAAGUGGUGGACACUUUAGAGGAACCACAACCUGAGCAACCAGAAGAGAAGCCAGUACUAUGGGAACGUGGAAAAAAGAAACCGAAAACACCAAAGGAGGAAGAAGUUGAAAUUAUCGAAACACAAAAAGACGAAUUAAAAGAACAAGAUGUAGUUGAGAAGAAAAAGAUUAAGAAAAUUAAAAAGAGACCUAGUGUUGCGGACGAAUUGGAAGCUGAGCCAAAGGUUGAAGAAGAAGAAACCGUUGAAGAAAUACCAGAAGAAACACAACCAACGAUUGAAGAAACUGAGCAGGAGGUAGAAACAACAGAUGUUGUUGAGAAAAAGGCAAAGAGAAAGCUAAAGAAACCAAAGUCGAAGCAGGAUGAAGAAAUUUUAAUAACUGAAGCUCCAGAAGAAGUAGACGAAGAAACUACAGAAGACAUUAUGUUAGAAGAAACUAUGGAAGAUAAGAAACGAAAGAUCAAAAAGGUUAAGAAACCUAAAAAGGACAAGACUGAGGACGAUGUUCUAGAAAUUCAACCCGAAGAAGAGCAAAUAGAGGAAGAACUUAAACCAGAAGAAACCGUCCCACAGGACAAGCCGCCAAUUAAGCGCAAGAGUAUCAAACCAGAAGAGCCUGAACAGGUCGAAAAGGUUACCCUCAAACCAGUGCCACGCAAGCAGUUACCGAAGCCGGAGCAAGAGAAGCCAGAAGAGGUUACAUUGAAGCCAAUCAAAAGACUCUCCACUUCAGAAGAUGUGCAAAAACCAACAGUAACAGAGAUUGAUUCUUAUGAAGAAGUACCUAAAAAGAUCGUUGAAGAAGUCAUCGAAGAGGUCACCAAGAAACGCAUUAAGAAGAAAAAACCAAAGAAGAAGACAGUUGAAGAGGGAGAGGUAGAGGAAAGCGAGCAGCCCACAGAAGAAGUAGAGCAAGAAGAGGAAGAAGACAUACCGAUCCAAGAAAUUGAAGAACAGCCUCUACAAGAAGUAGUGGAAAUACCAGAAACUACUCCUCAACCCAAAACAAAGCCGACGGCAAUUCCCAUAGAAGAGAAGGUCGAAGAAGUUACCCUCAAGCCCAUCAGGAAAACUAAAAAGGAAAUUCCUGAAGAACAAAUGAUUGAGGAAGUGAAACUUAAACCAGUAAAGCGGCCGCAACAAGUGCCAGAGGAACAGAAACUAGAAGAAAUUGUUCUACAACAUGUCGAAAAACAAGAUGAAGAAAUUAUAGUUGAAGAAAAGAAAAAGGCAAAGAGAGUCAAGAAGCCAAAAACAGAAGAACUUCCAGAAAUUCCAGAUAUAGAACCUGUGCAACUUGAAGAAGCUGAACAUUUUGAUAUUGAAAAGGAGCCCAUUGUAAAGGAACCACAACCGCAAGUACCAUGGAAACGUGGUGAAAAGAAGAAGCCUGUUGAGGAACCUAUUGAAGAGAAACAAUGGCCUAAGGGUAAAAGGAAACCACUACCCGAGGAACAGCCAGAAGAAGUAGCACUCAAGCCAAUACCACAAAAACCAAAAGAGGAACCAGAGAAGCCGAUCAAAGAAGUUUCUGCUCCAAAAUUGAUAACCGAAGAACGACCACAGCCAGAAGAUCAGGAACUCGAAAUUACACCUAUACCCGCUGAAGAUGAAGUCAAGGACGAGAAGCCAAAGAAAGAAAAGAAAAAGAAGCCCAAAAUACGUAAAGCAACUCCGUCAGUUGAUGAAAUAUCUGAAGAAACGGCUGAACCAUUCAAUGAGCCAAUCACUGAAGAAGAUCAAGUGGACGAAAUUCCCAUUGACGAGAUCAAAGAAGUGGCUGUUUCUGAAGAAAUUCUUCCAGAAGAAGAAGUCGCACCAACCGAAGAUAUACUUACCACCAAACAAAAAGCUCAUAAGAAACGUACGAAACGCCUAAAGGAUGCAUCUCUCGAAGAGCAACCAACGCUGCUCGAAGCAGAAAUAGUGGAUCUUGAAGCCGAAGAGAUAAUCACACAAGAAUCUUCACAAGAAAUCUCACAAAAGACCAUUACACUUAAAAAGACUGAUGACAAUCGUCCCCAGUACAUCACUACCGAGCAAUUAAUUGAGCUCGAUGUGGACGAUGUACGUCGAGAUAUUGACAUGAAGAUAACAUCAAAUAUUGUUAAGAAAGAAACCCGACGUACCAUACUGGAUGAUAGUCAGCCGUUACCCGAACUUGAAUUAAUAACACAAAAACGUAUCCAAGAGGGUAUCGAUAUGUUGCCCGAUGAAGAAUUGAUCGAAGAUCAAACCGUACCCCAGAAGGAAGAGACCACAACAUCUGAAGUGCAACGACAAGAACGUAAGCUGGUGCGCAAAAAGAAGAAGGAAAUCAAACCACCUCGAAUUACCGAAAAAUUGCGUCCAGUUAUGUGUACUCCCGAGGCGCCGACAGAAUUGGAGUGUAAAAUUGAGGGCACACCAUUCCCAGAAAUCAGUUGGUACUUCAACGAUGUGCUUUUAUUCGCUUCGGAGAAAUAUGAAAUAACGGUAAUGGAAGACGUGGCCAAAUUAAAGAUCGCCAAGGUUACGCCCAGCGAUGUUGGAGUGUACACCUGCGAAGCACGCAACGAGGCCGGAGUCGCAACGAGUCGAGCCAACAUAACUUUAGAAAAAGAACAAGGCAUUGCACCACAAUUCACUAAGCCACUCAAAAUCGAGUUCACCGAAGAGAAGGAACCCGAAUUGUUGAGAGUCACUGUGACAUGUCAGGUAGUUGGCAAGCCAAUGCCACAAGUCAAGUGGUAUCGCGGCACCGAGGAAGUUAUACCCAACGAAACUGUACAAACAUUUUACAACGAAGAAACCGGCGAUGUCGCUUUGGAAGUCAUUAAUCCAACACCCAAUGAAGCCGUUACAUACUCUGUGCAAGCACAAAACAAUUUCGGACGCGCUAUUGGUAAUGCCAACAUACUUAGCCGCGUCGACGAGGCACCACUGGAGGUAUUAAAACCACCAAAAGUGACACCACUGAGUGCCCAGGUUAUACCCAAUGGUGGUACCUUAUUGUACGAAGCCAAGUAUGAAGGUUCACCACGUCCGGAAAUCACUUGGUUGCGUAAUGGACGAGAGAUACAAAUCAAUGAAGAUGUUACCAUUGAAACCACAGAGACGACCACCAUAAUUAAAAUUGUUAAUAUGAAUCGCAAACGCACAGGCAAAUAUGAAGUUUGUGCAACGAAUAAAGUGGGAGAGGCCAAAUCAUCCGGUUCGGUAAUGGUGACCGAUCAAAAACCCAAUAAUGAGAUUAUACCACCACGCUUCAUACAACCACUACAACCGAAAUUCUUUGACGAGAAUGAAGUGGCCAUUUUAGAAGUUCUAGUAGAAUCAGAACCACUCUCCUCCUUCCAAUGGUUUGUAAAUCUUGAACCCAUCAAGAGUUCAACAGAAUGUCGUAUAGUUUCGCAAGCGAACAAGUCUACACUACUAAUAGAGAACUUCCAGCGGAAAUAUGUCGGUCAUUACACUUGUCGUGCAGAAAAUGUUGGUGGUUCGGUAACGUCAACUGCCACUGUAAAAUUAAUUGAAGAUAGCCCACAAGAAACAGUGGAAGAAUUCGAAUCGCCACGAUUCGUUGAAGAAUUGUUAGAGCCGAUUACGGUAAUGGAUGGCGAGGCGUUAUUACUCACAUGCAAAGUGAUUGGCAAGCCCACGCCGCGUGUGGAAUGGUACCAUAAUGAAGAGAAAGUUGUUGAAACCAAAGAGACGAUUAUAUCACAGGAUGCCGAUGGUAUAUGUCAGUUGCAAAUAACAGAAGUAUUCCCCGAAAACGAUGGCGAAUACAAGUGUGUGGCCAGCAAUAAAAUAGGCGAAGCGCUAACAAAAACAUUUGUUAAUAUACAAGCAUUUGAAUAUAUCCCCGAUUCUGAAAUCACUGGACUCACUGGCUCCGAAGAGGAUCUGCUAGAUAAGACUCUAUCAAUCGACGAACAACCACCGAAAAUCAUUAAGAAAUUACCGGAAAAAAUCGAACCCAAAGAGGGUGAACUAGCGAAAUUGGAAGUUAAAGUAAUUGGCAAACCAAAGCCGAAAAUUAAAUGGAUGCGCGACGACGAGGAGAUAUUCGCUUCUGAAGAAUAUCAAAUCGAAAAUUUCGAAGAUGGCACAUCAGUGCUUGUCAUCAAUCACGUUUAUCCCGAUGAUGUGGGCACUAUUAGUUUUGAGGCUCACAAUCCAUUGGGUGUAGCAGUGACCACGGCGCUCUUUGCGGUUGAAGGCAUCGUUGGAACUAAGGACUAUCGCAAACCGGAGUGGGUUACCCAUAUGGAGGAGAUGCAGAAGGCGCUUAAAGAAGAUGAUAAACAGACCGAAACAACUGUCACUGUUGAAGAAACUCCUGUCGAAGAAGCACCCGAAGAAGUCAAAGAAAUGCCCGAAGAGGUGCGAGUGGUGGAGACCAUCUCAGAAGAUGGCAAACCAAAGAAAAAGAAGAUUCGUACUCGGGUCAUCAAGAAGGUGAAAGGCGACAAACAAGAAGUCACAAAGAUUGAAACCGUCGAAGAAGAUGAUAAACAGCCUGAAACAACUGUCACUGUUGAAGAAACUCCUGUCGAAGAAGCACCCAAGGAAGUAAGAGAAAUGCCCGAAGAGGUACGAAUAGUGGAGACCAUCUCAGAAGAUGGCAAACCAAAGAAAAAGAAGAUUCGUACUCGGGUCAUCAAGAAGGUGAAAGACGACAAACAAGAAGUCACGAAGAUCGAAACCGUCGAAGAAGAUGAUAAACAGCCCGAAACAACUGUCACUGUUGAAGAAACUCCUGUCGAAGAAGCACCCGAAGAAGUCAAAGAAAUUCCCGAAGAGGUGCGAGUGGUGGAGACCAUCUCAGAAGAUGGCAAACCAAAGAAAAAGAAGAUUCGUACUCGGGUCAUCAAAAAGGUGAAAGGCGACAAACAAGAAGUCACGAAGAUUGAAACUGUCGAAGAAGAUGAUAAACAGCCCGAAACAACUGUCACUGUUGAAGAAACUCCUGUCGAAGAAGCACCCGAAGAAGUCAAAGAAAUGCCCGAAGAGGUGCGAGUGGUGGAGACCAUCUCAGAAGAUGGCAAACCAAAGAAAAAGAAGAUUCGUACUCGGGUCAUCAAGAAGGUGAAAGGCGACAAACAAGAAGUCACGAAGAUUGAAACCGUCGAAGAAGAUGAUAAGCAGCCCGAAACAACAGUCACUGUUGAAGAAACUCCUGUCGAAGAAGCACCCAAGGAAGUAAGAGAAAUGCCCGAAGAGGUACGAAUAGUGGAGACCAUCUCAGAAGAUGGCAAACCAAAGAAAAAGAAGAUUCGUACUCGGGUCAUCAAAAAGGUGAAAGGCGACAAACAAGAAGUCACGAAGAUUGAAACUGUCGAAGAAGAUGAUAAACAGCCCGAAACAACUGUCACUGUUGAAGAAACUCCUGUCGAAGAAGCACCCGAAGAAGUCAAAGAAAUGCCCGAAGAGGUGCGAGUGGUGGAGACCAUCUCAGAAGAUGGCAAACCGAAGAAAAAGAAGAUUCGUACUCGGGUCAUCAAAAAGGUGAAAGGCGACAAACAAGAAGUCACGAAGAUUGAAACUGUCGAAGAAGAUGAUAAACAGCCCGAAACAACUGUCACUGUUGAAGAAACUCCUGUCGAAGAAGCACCCGAAGAAGUCAAAGAAAUGCCCGAAGAGGUACGAGUGGUGGAGACCAUCUCAGAAGAUGGCAAACCAAAGAAAAAGAAGAUUCGUACUCGGGUCAUCAAAAAGGUGAAAGGCGACAAACAAGAAGUCACGAAGAUUGAAACUGUCGAAGAAGAUGAUAAACAGCCCGAAACAACUGUCACUGUUGAAGAAACUCCUGUCGAAGAAGCACCCGAAGAAGUCAAAGAAAUGCCCGAAGAGGUGCGAGUGGUGGAGACCAUCUCAGAAGAUGGCAAACCAAAGAAAAAGAAGAUUCGUACUCGGGUCAUCAAGAAGGUGAAAGGCGACAAACAAGAAGUCACGAAGAUUGAAACUGUCGAAGAAGAUGAUAAACAGCCCGAAACAACUGUCACUGUUGAAGAAACUCCUGUCGAAGAAGCACCCGAAGAAGUCAAAGAAAUGCCCGAAGAGGUGCGAGUGGUGGAGACCAUCUCAGAAGAUGGCAAACCAAAGAAAAAGAAGAUUCGUACUCGGGUCAUCAAGAAGGUGAAAGGCGACAAACAAGAAGUCACGAAGAUUGAAACCGUCGAAGAAGAUGAUAAACAGCCCGAAACAACUGUCACUGUUGAAGAAACUCCUGUCGAAGAAGCACCCGAAGAAGUCAAAGAAAUGCCCGAAGAGGUGCGAGUGGUGGAGACCAUCUCAGAAGAUGGCAAACCAAAGAAGAAGAAGAUUCGUACUCGGGUCAUCAAGAAGGUGAAAGGCGACAAACAAGAAGUCACGAAGAUUGAAACCGUCGAAGAAGACGAUAAAAAGCCCGAAACAACUGUCACUGUUGAAGAAACUCCUGUCGAAGAAGCACCCGAAGAAGUCAAAGAAAUGCCCGAAGAGGUGCGAGUGGUGGAGACCAUCUCAGAAGAUGGCAAACCAAAGAAGAAGAAGAUUCGCACUCGAGUCAUCAAGAAGGUGAAGGGCGACAAACAGGAAGUCACGAAGAUUGAAACAGUUGAAGAAGAUGAUAAACAGCCCGAAACAACUGUCACUGUUGAAGAAACUCCUGUCGAAGAAGCACCCGAGGAAGUCAAAGAAAUGCCCGAAGAGGUGCGAGUGGUGGAGACCAUCUCAGAAGAUGGCAAACCAAAGAAAAAGAAGAUUCGUACUCGGGUCAUCAAGAAGAUGAAGGGCGACAAACAAGAAGUCACGAAGAUUGAAACCGUCGAAGAAGAUGAUAAACAGCCCGAAACAACUGUCACUGUUGAAGAAACUCCUCUCGAAGAAGUCAAAGAAAUGCCCGAAGAGGUACGAGUGGUGGAGACCAUCUCAGAAGAUGGCAAACCAAAGAAGAAGAAGAUUCGUACUCGUGUCAUCAAGAAGGUGAAGGGUGACAAACAAGAAGUUACGAAGAUAGAGACAAUCGAAGAAGAUGAUAAACAGCCCGAAACAACAGUCACUGUUGAAGAAGCCCCUGUCGACGAGGCCCUCGAGGAAGUCAAGGAAUUGCCCGAAGAGGUGCGAGUAGUGGAGACCAUCGCAGAAGAUGGCAAACCAAAGAAGAUGAAGAUUCGUACUCGUGUCAUCAAGAAGGUGAAGGGUGACAAACAAGAGGUGACGCAGAUACAAACAGUUGAAGAAGAUGAUAAACAGCCUGAAACAACUGUCACUGUUGAAGAAACUCCUGUGGAAGAAGCACCCGAAGAAGUCAAAGAACUGCCCGAGGAGAUACGAGUGGUGGAGACCAUCUCAGAAGAUGGCAAACCAAAGAAAACGAAGAUUCGUACUCGUGUCAUCAAGAAGGUGAAGGGUGACAAACAAGAAGUCACGAAGAUUGAAACCGUCGAAGAAGAUGAUAAAAAGCCCGAAACAACUGUCACUGUUGAAGAAACUCCUGUCGAAGAAGCACCCGAGGAAGUCAAAGAAAUGCCCGAAGAGGUGCGAGUAGUGGAGACCAUCUCAGAAGAUGGCAAACCAAAGAAGAAGAAGAUUCGCACUCGUGUCAUCAAGAAGGUGAAGGGCGACAAACAGGAAGUCACGAAAAUCGAAACAGUUGAAGAAGAUGAUAAACAGCCAGAAACAACUGUCACUGUUGAAGAAACUCCUGUCGAAGAAGCACCCGAGGAAGUCAGAGAAAUGCCCGAAGAGGUGCGAGUGGUGGAGACCAUCUCAGAAGAUGGCAAACCAAAGAAGAAAAAGAUUCGCACUCGUGUCAUCAAGAAGGUGAAGGGCGACAAACAGGAAGUCACGAAAAUCGAAACAGUUGAAGAAGAUGAUAAACAGCCAGAAACAACUGUCACUGUUGAAGAAACUCCUGUCGAAGAAGCACCCGAGGAAGUCAAGGAAUUGCCCGAAGAGGUGCGAGUGGUGGAGACCAUCUCAGAAGAUGGCACACCAAAGAAAAAGAAGAUUCGCAUUCGCGUCAUCAAGAAGGUGAAGGGCGACAAACAGGAAGUCACGAAGAUUGAAACAGUUGAAGAAGAUGAUAAACAGCCCGAAACAACUGUCACUGUUGAAGAAGCUCCUGUCGAAGAAGCACCCGAGGAAGUCAAAGAAAUGCCCGAAGAGGUGCGAGUGGUGGAAACCAUCUCAGAAGAUGGCAAGCCAAAGAAAAAGAAGAUUCGUACUCGUGUCAUCAAGAAGGUGAAGGGCGACAAACAAGAAGUCACGAAGAUUGAAACCGUCGAAGAAGAUGAUAAACAGCCCGAAACAACAGUCACUGUUGAAGAAACUCCUGUCGAGGAAUCACCCGAGGAAGUCAGAGAAAUGCCCGAAGAGGUGCGAGUGGUGGAGACCAUCUCAGAAGAUGGCAAACCAAAGAAGAAGAAGAUUCGCACUCGAGUCAUCAAGAAGGUAAAGGGCGACAAACAGGAAGUCACGAAAAUCGAAACAGUUGAAGAAGAUGAUAAAAAGCCUGAAACAACAGUCACUGUUGAAGAAGCCCCUGUCGACGAGGCAUUCGAGGAAGUCAAGGAAUUGCCCGAAGAGGUGCGAGUGGUGGAGACCAUCUCAGAAGAUGGCAAACCAAAGAAGAAGAAGAUUCGCACUCGCGUCAUCAAGAAGGUGAAGGGUGACAGACAAGAAGUCACGAAGAUUGAAACCGUCGAAGAAGAUGAUAAACAGCCCGAAACAACUGUUACUGUUGAAGAAACUCCUCUCGAAGAAGUCAAAGAAAUGCCCGAAGAGGUACGAGUGGUGGAGACCAUCUCAGAAGGUGGCAAACCAAAGAAAAAGAAGAUUCAUACUCGAGUCAUAAAGAAGGUGAAGGGCGACAAACAGGAAGUCACGAAGAUCGAAACCGUCGAAGAAGAUGAUAAACAGCCCGAAACAACUGUCACUGUUGAAGAAACUCCUGUCGAAGAAGCACCCGAAGAAGUCAAAGAAAUGCCCGAAAAGGUGCGAGUGGUGGAGACCAUCUCAGAAGAUGGCAAACCAAAGAAGAAGCAGAUUCGCACUCGUGUCAUCAAGAAGGUGAAGGGCGACAAACAGGAAGUCACGAAGAUUGAAACAGUUGAAGAAGAUGAUAAAAAGCCUGAAACAACAGUCACUGUUGAAGAAGCCCCUGUCGACGAGGCAUUCGAGGAAGUCAAGGAAUUGCCCGAAGAAGUGCGAGUGGUGGAGACCAUCUCAGAAGAUGGCAAAUCAAAGAAGAAGAAGAUUCGCACUCGCGUCAUCAAGAAGGUGAAGGGCGACAAACAGGAAGUCACGAAGAUUGAAACAGUUGAAGAAGAUGAUAAACAGCCCGAAACAACUGUCACUGUUGAAGAAACUCCUGUCGAAGAAGCACCCGAGGAAGUCAGAGAAAUGCCCGAAGAGGUGCGAGUGGUGGAAACCAUCUCAGAAGAUGGCAAACCAAAGAAGAAGAAGAUUCGCACUCGUGUCAUCAAGAAGGUGAAGGGCGACAAACAGGAAGUCACGAAGAUUGAAACAGUUGAAGAAGAUGAUAAACAGCCCGAAACAACAGUCACUGUUGAAGAAACUCCUGUCGAAGAAGCACCCGAGGAAGUCAGAGAAAUGCCCGAAGAAGUGCGAGUGGUGGAGACCAUCACAGAAGAUGGCAAACCAAAGAAGAAGAAGAUUCGCACUCGCGUCAUCAAGAAGGUGAAGGGCGACAAACAGGAAGUCACGAAGAUUGAAACAGUUGAAGAAGAUGAUAAACAGCCCGAAACAACAGUCACUGUUGCAGAAACCCCUGUCGACGAAGCAUUCGAGGAAGUCAAGGAAUUGCCCGAACAGGUGCGAGUGGUGGAGACCAUCUCAGAAGAUGGCAAACCACAGAAGAAGAAGAUUCGUACUCGCGUCAUCAAGAAGGUGAAGGGCGACAAACAGGAAGUCACGAAAAUCGAAACAGUUGAAGAAGAUGAUAAACAGCCCGAAACAACUGUCACUGUUGAAGAAACUCCUGUCGAAGAAGCACCCGAGGAAGUCAGAGAAAUGCCCGAAGAGGUGCGAGUGGUGGAGACCAUCUCAGAAGAUGGCAAACUAAAGAAGAAGAAGAUUCGCACUCGCGUCAUCAAGAAGGUGAAGGGCGACAAACAGGAAGUCACAAAGAUUGAAACCGUCGAAGAAGAUGAUAAACAGCCCGAAACAACAGUCACUGUUGAAGAAACCCCUGUCGACGAAGCACCCGAGGAAGUCAGAGAAAUGCCCGAAGAGGUGCGAGUGGUGGAGACCAUCUCAGAAGAUGGCAAACCAAAGAAGAAGAAGAUUCGCACUCGUGUCAUCAAGAAGGUGAAGGGCGACAAACAGGAAGUCACGAAAAUCGAAACAGUUGAAGAAGAUGAUAAACAGCCUGAAACAAUUGUCACUGUUGAAGAAACUCCUGUCGAAGAAGCACCCGAGGAAGUCAGAGAAAUGCCCGAAGAGGUGCGAGUGGUGGAGACCAUCUCAGAAGAUGGCAAACCAAAGAAGAAGAAGAUUCGCACUCGCGUCAUCAAGAAGGUGAAGGGCGACAAACAGGAAGUCACAAAGAUUGAAACCGUCGAAGAAGAUGAUAAACAGCCUGAAACAACAGUCACUGUUGAAGAAACCCCUGUCGACGAAGCAUUCGAGGAAGUCAAGGAAUUGCCCGAAGAGGUGCGAGUGGUGGAGACCAUCUCAGAAGAUGGCAGACCAAAGAAGAAAAAGAUUCGAACUCGUGUCAUCAAGAAGGUGAAGGGCGACAAACAGGAAGUCACGAAGAUUGAAACAGUUGAAGAAGAUGAUAAAAAGCCCGAAACAACAGUCACUGUUGAAGAAACUCCUGUCGAAGAAGCACCCGAGGAAGUCAGAGAAAUGCCCGAAGAGGUGCGAGUGGUGGAGACCAUCUCCGAAGAUGGCAGACCAAAGAAGAAGAAGAUUCGAACUCGAGUCAUCAAGAAGGUGAAGGGCGACAAACAGGAAGUCACGAAGAUUGAAACAGUUGAAGAAGAUGAUAAAAAGCCCGAAACAACAGUCACUGUUGAAGAAACCCCUGUCGACGAAGCAUUCGAGGAAGUCAAGGAAUUGCCCGAAGAGGUGCGAGUGGUGGAGACCAUCUCCGAAGAUGGCAGACCAAAGAAGAAGAAGAUUCGUACUCGCGUCAUCAAGAAGGUGAAGGGCGACAAACAGGAAGUCACGAAGAUUGAAACAGUUGAAGAAGAUGAUAAACAGCCCGAAACAACUGUCACUGUUGAAGAAACUCCUGUCGAAGAAGCUCCCGAGGAAGUCAGAGAAAUGCCCGAAGAGGUGCGAGUGGUGGAGACCAUCUCAGAAGAUGGCAAACCAAAGAAAAAGAAGAUUCGUACUCGGGUCAUCAAGAAGGUGAAGGGCGACAAACAGGAAGUCACGAAGAUUGAGACAGUUGAAGAAGAUGAUAAACAGCCCGAAACAACAGUCACUGUUGAAGAAACUCCUGUCGAGGAAUCACCUGAGGAAGUCAGAGAAAUGUCCGAAGAGGUACGAGUAGUGGAGACCAUCUCAGAAGAUGGCAAACCAAAGAAAAAGAAGAUUCGUACUCGUGUCAUCAAGAAGGUAAAGGGCGACAAACAAGAAGUCACGAAGAUUGAAACAGUUGAAGAAGAUGAUAAACUGCCCGAAACAACUGUCACUGUGGAAGAAACUCCUGUCGAGGAAUCACCUGAGGAAGUCAGAGAAAUGCCCGAAGAGGUACGAGUAGUGGAGACCAUCUCAGAAGAUGGCAAACCAAAGAAAAAGAAGAUUCGUACUCGUGUCAUCAAGAAGGUAAAGGGCGACAAACAGGAAGUCACGAAAAUCGAAACAGUUGAAGAAGAUGAUAAACAGCCCGAAACAACUGUCACUGUUGAAGAAACUCCUGUCGAGGAAUCACCCGAGGAAGGUAGAGAAAUGCCCGAAGAGGUACGAGUAGUGGAGACCAUCUCAGAAGAUGGCAAACCAAAGAAGAAGAAGAUUCGUACUCGAGUCAUCAAGAAGGUGAAGGGCGACAAACAGGAAGUCACGAAAAUCGAAACAGUUGAAGAAGAUGAUAAACAACUUGAAACAACAGUUACUGUUGAAGAAGCUCCUGUCGAGCAAUCACCCGAGGAAGUCAGAGAAAUGCCCGAGGAGGUGCGAGUGGUGGAGACCAUCUCAGAAGAUGGCAAACCAAAGAAGAAGAAGAUUCGUACUCGUGUCAUCAAGAAAGUGAAGGGCGACAAACAGGAAGUCACGAAAAUCGAAACAGUUGAAGAAGAUGAUAAACAGCCCGAAACAACAGUUACUGUUGAAGAAACUCCUGUCGAGGAAUCACCCGAGGAAGUCAGAGAAAUGCCCGAAGAGGUACGAGUAGUGGAGACCAUCUCAGAAGAUGGCAAACCAAAGAAGAAGAAGAUUCGUACUCGUGUCAUCAAGAAGGUGAAGGGCGACAAACAAGAAGUCACGACGAUUGAAACCGUCGAAGAAGAUAAUAAACAGCCUGAAACAACAGUCACUGUUGAAGAAACUCCUGUCGAAGAAGCACCUGAGGAAGUCAGCGAAAUGCCCGAAGAGGUGCGAGUGGUGGAGACCAUCUCAGAAGAUGGGAAACCAAAGAAGAAGAAGAUUCGUACUCGUGUCAUCAAGAAGGUGAAGGGCGACAAACAGGAAGUCACGAAAAUCGAAACAGUUGAGGAAGAUGAUAAACAGCCUGAAACAACAGUUACUGUUGAAGAAACUCCUGUCGAGGAAUCACCUGAGGAAGUCAGAGAAAUGCCCGAAGAGGUACGAGUAGUGGAGACCAUUUCAGAAGAUGGCAAGCCAAAGAAAAAGAAGAUUCGUACUCGUGUCAUCAAGAAGGUAAAGGGCGACAAACAGGAAGUAACGAAGAUUGAGACAGUUGAAGAAGAUGAUAAACAGCCCGAAACAACAGUCACUGUUGAAGAAGCUCCUGUCGAGGAAUCACCUGAGGAAGUCAGAGAAAUGCCCGUAGAGGUGCGAGUAGUGGAAACCAUCUCAGAAGAUGGCAAGCCAAAGAAAAAGAAGAUUCGUACUCGUGUCAUCAAGAAGGUGAAGGGCGACAAACAAGAAGUCACGAAGAUUGAAACCUUCGAAGAAGAUGAUAAACAGCCCGAAACAACAGUCACUGUUGAAGAAACUCCUGUCGAGGAAUCACCCGAGGAAGUCAGAGAAAUGCCCGAAGAGGUGCGAGUGGUGGAGACCAUCUCAGAAGAUGGCAAACCAAAGAAGAAGAAGAUUCGCACUCGAGUCAUCAAGAAGGUAAAGGGCGACAAACAGGAAGUCACGAAAAUCGAAACAGUUGAAGAAGAUGGUAAACAGCCCGAAACAACUGUCACUGUUGAAGAAACUCCUGUGGAAGAAGCUCCCGAGGAAGUCAGAGAAAUGCCCGAAGAGGUACGAGUAGUGGAGACCAUCUCAGAAGAUGGCAAACUAAAAAAAAAGAAGGUUCGUACUCGUAUCAUCAAGAAGGUGAAGGGCGACAAACAGGAAGUCACGAAAAUCGAAACAGUUGAAGAAGAUGAUAAACAGCCUGAAACAACAGUUACUGUUGAAGAAACUCCUGUCGAGGAAUCACCCGAGGAAGUCAGAGAAAUGCCCGAAGAGGUGCGAGUGGUGGAGACCAUCUCAGAAGAUGGCAAACCAAAGAAGAAGAAGAUUCGCACUCGAGUCAUCAAGAAGGUGAAGGGCGACAAACAGGAAGUCACGAAAAUCGAAACAGUUGAAGAAGAUGACAAACAGCCCGAAACAACAGUCACUGUUGAAGAAAUUCCUGUCGAAGAAGCACCGGAGGAAGUCAGAGAGAUGCCCGAAGAGGUGCGAGUGGUGGAAACCAUCUCAGAAGAUGGCAAACCAAAGAAGAAGAAGAUUCGUACUCGAGUCAUCAAGAAGGUGAAGGGCGACAAACAGGAAGUCACGAAAAUCGAAACAGUUGAAGAAGAUGAUAAACAGCCUGAAACAACAGUUACUGUUGAAGAAACUCCUGUCGAGGAAUCACCCGAGGAAGUCAGAGAAAUGCCCGAAGAGGUGCGAGUGGUGGAGACCAUCUCAGAAGAUGGCAAACCAAAGAAGAAGAAGAUUCGCACUCGCGUCAUCAAGAAGGUGAAGGGCGACAAACAGGAAGUCACGAAGAUUGAGACAGUUGAAGAAGAUGAUAAACAGCCCGAAACAACUGUCACUGUUGAAGAAACUCCUGUCGAAGAAACACCCGAGGAAGUCAGCGAAAUGCCUGAAGAGGUGCGAGUGGUGGAGACCAUCUCUGAAGAUGGCAAACCAAAGAAGAAGAAGAUUCGUACUCGUGUCAUCAAGAAGGUAAAGGGCGACAAACAGGAAGUAACGAAGAUUGAGACGGUUGAAGAAGAUGAUAAACAGCCCGACACAACUGUCACUGUUGAAGAAACUCCUGUCGAGGAAUCACCUGAGGAAGUCAAAGAAAUUUCCGAAGAGGUACGAGUAGUGGAGACGAUCUCAGAAGAUGGCAAACCAAAGAAGAAGAAGAUUCGUACUCGAGUCAUAAAGAAGGUGAAGGGCGACAAACAGGAAGUAACGAAAAUCGAAACAGUUGAAGAAGAUGAUAAACAGCCCGAAACAACAGUCACUGUUGAAGAAACUCCUGUCGAAGAAACACCCGAGGAAGUCAGAGAAAUGCCCGAAGAGGUGCGAGUGGUGGAGACCAUCUCAGAAGAUGGCAAACCAAAGAAGAAGAAGAUUCGUACUCGUGUCAUCAAGAAGGUCAAGGGCGACAAACAGGAAGUCACGAAAAUCGAAACAGUUGAAGAAGAUGGUAAACAGCCCGAAACAACUGUCACUGUUGAAGAAACUCCUGUGGAAGAAGCUCCCGAGGAAGUCAGAGAAAUGCCCGAAGAGGUACGAGUAGUGGAGACCAUCUCAGAAGAUGGCAAACCAAAGAAGAAGAAGAUUCGUACUCGUGUCAUCAAGAAGGUAAAGGGCGACAAACAGGAAGUCACGAAAAUCGAAACAGUUGAAGAAGAUGAUAAACAGCCCGAAACAACUGUCACUGUUGAAGAAACUCCUGUCGAAGAAACACCCGAGGAAGUCAGAGAAAUGCCUGAAGAGGUGCGAGUGGUGGAGACCAUCUCAGAAGAUGGCAAACCAAAGAAGAAGAAGAUUCGUACUCGUGUCAUCAAGAAGGUAAAAGGCGACAAACAGGAAGUCACGAAAAUCGAAACAGUUGAAGAAGAUGAUAAACAGCCUGAAACAACAGUUACUGUUGAAGAAACUCCUGUCGAGGAAUCACCCGAGGAAGUCAGAGAAAUGCCCGAAGAGGUGCGAGUGGUGGAAACCAUCUCAGAAGAUGGCAAACCAAAGAAGAAGAAGAUUCGUACUCGUGUCAUCAAGAAGGUGAAGGGCGACAAACAGGAAAUCACGAAAAUCGAAACAGUUGAAGAAGAUGACAAACUGCCCGAAACAACAGUCACUGUUGAAGCAAUUCCUGUCGAAGAAACACCCGAGGAAAUCAAAGAAAUGCCCGAAGAGGUGCGAGUGGUGGAAACCAUCUCAGAAGAUGGCAAACCAAAGAAGAAGAAGAUUCGUACUCGUGUCAUCAAGAAGGUGAAGGGCGACAAACAGGAAAUCACGAAAAUCGAAACAGUUGAAGAAGAUGACAAACAGCCCGAAACAACUGUCACUGUUGAAGAAACUCCUGUCGAGGAAGCACCUGAGGAAGUCAAAGAAAUGCCCGAAGAGGUACGAGUAGUAGAGACCAUCUCAGAAGAUGGCAAACCAAAGAAGAAGAAGAUUCGUACUCGAGUCAUAAAGAAGGUGAAGGGCGACAAACAGGAAGUCACGACAAUCGAAACAGUUGAAGAAGAUGAUAAACAGCCUGAAGCAACAGUUACUGUUGAAGAAACUCCUGUCGAGGAAUCACCCGAGGAAGUCAGAGAAAUGCCCGAAGAGGUGCGAGUGGUGGAAACCAUCUCAGAAGAUGGCAAACCAAAGAAGAAGAAGAUUCGUACUCGUGUCAUCAAGAAGGUGAAGGGCGACAAACAGGAAAUCACGAAAAUCGAAACAGUUGAAGAAGAUGACAAACUGCCCGAAACAACAGUCACUGUUGAAGAAAUUCCUGUCGAAGAAGCUCCCGAGGAAGUCAAAGAAUUGCCUGAAGAGGUGCGAGUGGUGGAGACCAUCUCAGAAGAUGGAAAACCAAAGAAGAAGAAGAUUCGUACUCGAGUCAUCAAGAAGGUGAAGGGCGACAAACAGGAAGUCACGAAAAUCGAAACAGUUGAAGAAGAUGAUAAACAGCCUGAAACAACAGUUACUGUUGAAGAAACUCCUGUCGAGGAAUCACCCGAGGAAGUCAGAGAAAUGCCUGAAGAGGUGCGAGUGGUGGAGACCAUCUCAGAAGAUGGCAAGCCAAAGAAGAAAAAGAUUCGUACUCGAGUCAUAAAGAAGGUGAAGGGCGACAAACAGGAAGUCACGAAAAUCGAAACAGUUGAAGAAGAUGACAAACUGCCCGAAACAACAGUCACUGUUGAAGAAAUUCCUGUCGAAGAAGCUCCCGAGGAAGUCAAAGAAUUGCCUGAACAGGUGCGAGUGGUGGAGACCAUCUCAGAAGAUGGCAAACCAAAGAAGAAGAAGAUUAGUACUCGAGUCAUCAAGAAGGUGAAGGGCGACAAACAGGAAGUCACGAAAAUCGAAACAGUUGAAGAAGAUGACAAACUGCCCGAAACAACAGUCACUGUUGAAGAAAUUCCUGUCGAAGAAGCUCCCGAGGAAGUCGAAGAAUUGCCUGAAGAAGUGCGAGUGGUGGAGACCAUCUCAGAAGAUGGCAAACCAAAGAAGAAGAAGAUUCGUACUCGUGUCAUCAAGAAGGUGAAGGGCGACAAACAGGAAGUCCCGAAAAUCGAAACAGUUGAAGAAGAUGACAAACUGCCCGAAACAACAGUCACUGUUGAAGAAAUUCCUGUCGAAGAAGCUCCCGAGGAAGUCAAAGAAUUGCCUGAAGAGGUGCGAGUGGUGGAGACUAUCUCAGAAGAUGGCAAGCCAAAGAAGAAGAAGAUUCGUACUCGAGUCAUCAAGAAGGUGAAGGGCGACAAACAGGAAGUCACGAAAAUCGAAACAGUUGAAGAAGAUGAUAAACAGCCUGAAACAACAGUUACUGUUGAAGAAACUCCUGUCGAGGAGUCACCCGAGGAAGUCAGAGAAAUGCCCGAAGAGGUGCGAGUGGUGGAAACCAUCUCAGAAGAUGGCAAACCAAAGAAGAAGAAGAUUCGUACUCGUGUCAUCAAGAAGGUGAAGGGCGACAAACAGGAAAUCACGAAAAUCGAAACAGUUGAAGAAGAUGACAAACUGCCCAAAACAACAGUCACUGUUGAAGCAAUUCCUGUCGAAGAAACACCCGAGGAAGUCAAAGAAUUGCCUGAAGAGGUGCGAGUGGUGGAGACCAUCUCAGAAGAUGGCAAGCCAAAGAAGAAGAAGAUUCGUACUCGAGUCAUAAAGAAGGUGAAGGGCGACAAACAGGAAGUCACGAAAAUCGAAACAGUUGAAGAAGAUGACAAACUGCCCGAAACAACAGUCACUGUUGAAGAAAUUCCUGUCGAAGAAGCUCCCGAGGAAGUCAAAGAAUUGCCUGAAGAGGUGCGAGUGGUAGAGACCAUCUCAGAAGAUGGCAAACCAAAGAAGAAGAAGAUUCGUGUUCGAGUCAUCAAGAAGGUGAAGGGCGACAAACAGGAAGUCACGAAAAUCGAAACAGUUGAAGAAGAUGAUAAACAGCCUGAAACAACAGUUACUGUUGAAGAAACUCCUGUCGAGGAAUCACCCGAGGAAGUCAGAGAAAUGCCCGAAGAGGUGCGAGUGGUGGAGACCAUCUCAGAAGAUGGCAAGCCAAAGAAGAAAAAGAUUCGUACUCGAGUCAUAAAGAAGGUGAAGGGCGACAAGCAGGAAGUCACGAAAAUCGAAACAAUUGAAGAAGAUGACAAACUGCCCGAAACAACAGUCACUGUUGAAGAAAUUCCUGUCGAAGAAGCUCCCGAGGAAGUCAAAGAAUUGCCUGAAGAGGUGCGAGUGGUGGAGACCAUCUCAGAAGAUGGCAAACCAAAGAAGAAGAAGAUUCGUACUCGAGUCAUCAAGAAGGUGAAGGGCGACAAACAGGAAGUCACGAAAAUCGAAACAGUUGAAGAAAAUGAUAAACAGCCCGAAACAACAGUUACCGUUGAAGAAACUCCUGUCGAGGAUUCACCCGAGGAAGUCAGAGAAAUGCCCGAAGAGGUGCGAGUGGUGGAAACCAUCUCAGAAGAUGGCAAACCAAAGAAGAAGAAGAUUCGUACUCGUGUCAUCAAGAAGGUGAAGGGCGACAAACAGGAAGUCACGAAAAUCGAAACAGUUGAAGAAGAUGACAAACUGCCCGAAACAACAGUCACUGUUGAAGAAAUUCCUGUCGAAGAAGCUCCCGAGGAAGUCAAAGAAUUGCCUGAAGAGGUGCGAGUGGUGGAGACCAUCUCAGAAGAUGGCAAACCAAAGAAGAAGAAGAUUCGUACUCGUGUCAUCAAGAAGGUGAAGGGCGACAAACAGGAAGUCACGAAAAUCGAAACAGUUGAAGAAGAUGACAAACUGCCCGAAACAACAGUCACUGUUGAAGAAAUUCCUGUCGAAGAAGCUCCCGAGGAAGUCAAAGAAUUGCCUGAAGAGGUGCGAGUGGUGGAGACCAUCUCAGAAGAUGGCAAACCAAAGAAGAAGAAGAUUCGUACUCGAGUCAUCAAGAAGGUGAAGGGCGACAAACAGGAAGUCACGAAAAUCGAAACAGUUGAAGACGAUGACAAACUGCCCGAAACAACAGUCACUGUUGAAGAAAUUCCUGUCGAAGAAACACCCGAGGAAGUCAAAGAAUUGCCUGAAGAGGUGCGAGUGGUGGAGACUAUCUCAGAAGAUGGCAAGCCAAAGAAGAAGAAGAUUCGUACUCGAGUCAUAAAGAAGGUGAAGGGCGACAAACAGGAAGUCACGAAAAUCGAAACAGUUGAAGAAGAUGACAAACUGCCCGAAACAACAGUCACUGUUGAAGAAAUUCCUGUCGAAGAAGCUCCCGAGGAAGUCAAAGAAUUGCCUGAAGAGGUGCGAGUGGUGGAGACCAUCUCAGAAGAUGGCAAACCAAAGAAGAAGAAGAUUCGUACUCGAGUCAUCAAGAAGGUGAAGGGUGACAAACAGGAAGUCACGAAAAUCGAAACAGUUGAAGAAGAUGAUAAACAGCCUGAAACAACAGUUACUGUUGAAGAAACUCCUGUCGAGGAAUCACCCGAGGAAGUCAGAGAAAUGCCCGAAGAGGUGCGAGUGGUGGAGACCAUCUCAGAAGAUGGCAAACCAAAGAAGAAGCAGAUUCGUACUCGUGUCAUCAAGAAGGUGAAGGGCGACAAACAGGAAGUCACGAAAAUCGAAACAGUUGAAGAAGAUGAUAAACAGCCUGAAACAACAGUUACUGUUGAAGAAACUCCUGUCGAGGAAUCACCCGAGGAAGUCAGAGAAAUGCCCGAAGAGGUGCGAGUGGUGGAAACCAUCUCAGAAGAUGGCAAACCAAAGAAGAAAAAGAUUCGUACUCGUGUCAUCAAGAAGGUGAAGGGCGACAAACAGGAAGUCACGAAAAUCGAAACAGUUGAAGAAGAUGACAAACUGCCCGAAACAACAGUCACUGUUGAAGAAAUUCCUGUCGAAGAAGCACCCGAGGAAGUCAAAGAGUUGCCUGAAGAGGUGCGAGUGGUGGAGACCAUCUCAGAAGAUGGCAAACCAAAGAAGAAGAAGAUUCGUACUCGAGUCAUAAAGAAGGUGAAGGGCGACAAACAGGAAGUCACGAAAAUCGAAACAGUUGAAGGAGAUGACAAACGGCCCGAAACAACAGUCACUGUUGAAGAAAUUCCUGUCGAAGAAGCUCCCGAGGAAGUCAAAGAAUUGCCUGAAGAGGUGCGAGUGGUGGAGACCAUCUCAGAAGAUGGCAAACCAAAGAAGAAGAAGAUUCGUACUCGAGUCAUCAAGAAGGUGAAGGGCGACAAACAGGAAGUAACGAAAAUCGAAACAGUUGAAGAAGAUGAUAAACAGCCCGAAACAACAGUUACUGUCAAAGAAACUCUUGUCGAGGAAUCACCCGAAGAAGGCGAAGAAUUGCCCGAAGAGGUUCGAGUGGUGGAGACCAUCUCAGAAGAUGGCAAACCAAAGAAGAAGAAAAUUCGUACUCGUGUCAUCAAGAAGAUGAAGGGCGACAAACAAGAGGUCACAAAGGUUGAAACCGUCGAAGAAGAUGAUAAACAGCCCCAAACAACAGUUACUGUUGAAGAAGUUCCAGUCGAAGAAGCACCCGAAGAAGUCAAGGAAUUGCCCGAGGAGGUACGAGUGGUGGAAACCAUGUCAGAAGACGGCAAACUAAAGAAGAAGAAGAUUCGUACUCGUGUCAUCAAGAAGGUGAAGGGCGACAAACAAGAGGUCACGAAGAUUGAAACCGUCGAAGAAGACGACAAGCAGCCCGAAACCACUGUCACAGUGGAAGAAAUGCCAUUUGAGGAAGCUCCCGAACAAGUUGAGGAAAUACCUGAAGUAGUGGAAGUGGUUGAAACCACAUCCAAAGACGGAAAGCCUAAAAUUAAGAAGAUCCGUACCAGAGUCAUUAAGAGGAUAAAAGGUGAUAAGCAAGCGGUGACGAAGAUUGAGACCGUCGAAGAAAAUGAUCAGCAGCCUAAAACAACUAUCACAGUUGAAGAAACUCCUGUCGAAGAAGCACCCGAGGACGUCAAAGAAAUGCCCGAAGAGGUACGAGUGGUGGAGACCAUCUCAGAAGACGGCAAACCAAAAAAGAAAAAGAUUCGUACUCGUGUCAUCAAGAAGGUGAAAGGUGACAAACAGGAGGUUACCAAAAUUGAAACCGUCGAAGAAGACGACAAACAGCCCGAAACCACUGUCACUGUAGAAGAGACUCCUAUUAUUGAAGUCAUAUCCCAGUCCCGAUUGAAGAAAAGAAUACGAGUGCAAAAACCCACUGACGAGGUGUCUGUCGUAGAACUUCCAGAACAAAAAUCAGUGGUCAUGUCUGAAAAAGAAGAUGGUACACCUACCAAGACUGUAAUUAGAACAAAAAUUAUUAAAAAAAUUGAUGGACCUAAAAUGGAGAUUACUAAAGUUGAAACCAUUGAGGAAUUUGAAAAAAUGCCUGUCACUAAAGUCAGUGUGCAAGAAUAUGAUAAACCCUUCCCGGAAGUAGAGCCAAGCAAAGAAGAUGAGGCAGUCCCAAUUCAAGAGCUUCCGGAAGAGAUUAUAAUAUCGGAAUUAGUUGAUAAAUAUAAAACACCAAAACAAAAGAUAACCAAAACAAGAACAUUUAAGAAAGAAGUGUCCCCUGAGCCGGAAUUUUAUCAAAUUCAAACUAUUGAGGAGGAAGGAAAGGAACCAUAUUCUCUCAUUCGUGUUGUUAGUGACGAUAGCAUUGCUGAUAUAAUUGAUAUCAGCCUAUUAGAGGACGAAAAGAAACCUACACACAGAAAAUCCAAAACACUACAAAAAUCUAAGGAGGAAAAACCUACACCUGAACACUUUACAAAGGAAAAACCAGUUUUCGUUACUACAUUCAAAUCAGUCCAAAAUGAAGACGGCGAAACUAUUAUUGAAACAGAAAAUAAAAAAAUUACUGAGGAGGAAGGCAUCGUCGUCGAAGAAGUCCUUAGCGAUACUGAACCAGUUAUAUAUGAGGAUCAAACUGCCUUAAAGAAUGUUGAAAUAGUAGAAGUCGACGGAUACACAGACCAUGAUAGCAAAGAGUACACAAUUACAGAACCAGAUGAUGUCACUGAAGACAUUACACAAACACCUGAUACAGAUAAGAAACCGAAACAUAGAGUUAAACAAAAAAUGACACAUAAAACAUUUGAAAACAUCGACGAAUCUCCAGACGAAGUAGUUAUCGAAUAUAUGCCUACAGAGGUGUUCGAAGUACAACGACCUAUGGAUUUGAAUGAAAAAGAUUUAAAUGAACCUAAAAUAACUAUGGUUAAAAAGCGAAAAAUUAAGAAAAAGGUUGGUGGUCAUGAACAAAUAAUUGAGGUUGUAACUACAAAAGAAGAAGGUAAAGAUGAGGAAAAUACAGUGGUCGUUCAUUCGGAAGAUGAUGAAAAGCCUAAAGAUAUUCAACUGACAGAUUACCGUGUCCAGAUCGUUGAAAACGUGGAUGGUUCUCCUAAACCGGCCGUUGAAGAGAAAUCGAAAUUAAAGAAGAAGCGAAAGCCUAAAAAAAUAGUGAAAAAGGAUGACUUGGAUGAAUACAUUCAAUUCUUAAUACAACAAGAAAUACCUAAAACUGUUCUUCAGGAAUAUAUGCCCAUCGAUAUGGAGAAGCCGCAGAGGGCUCGCAGUGACUCAACUACGGCAAAGAAACCAAUUAAAUUGAUACCAAUGAAAAUUGAAAAUGUUGAGGUCAAAAAGUCAAAAAGAAUUGAAAUUACAUCGGUGGCAGAAUUUCCACAAAUUUUGAAACUGAAAAAACCUAAGCAAAAGCCGAAAGAAAAGCCCAAACGGGAAGAGACUGUUUUCAAGAACAUCAAAUUGAAAAGUUGGAUAAAUUUCAUUCCAUUUGCCCCAUACUGUUUCAAGCCUAUUAUAACAGAAUUAGAAACUAAUCGCGGCUGUGGAGAGUUAUCUAGAAAUAUAGAAGAAGCACUGAGCAUUGUAAAGAAACGGCGCGUUAAACUUAAGCACACUGAAAAACCAGAAAAAGACCUUGAAGCACUAGAACUCUUCGAAGACAUCAUAGUGAAAGAUGAACCAUUGCCAGAGCAGGUGGAAAAAUAUAAACGUCCUAAAAAGCAAGCAAAGGAUAAAACUGCUGAUUUAUCAAAGAAGAUUAAGAUAGGAAAAGGAAAAUUACCCGAUAAUGAAAGUGAGAUAGAAGACGUUAAUCUAACACCCGUUACAAAGGAGGGAACCGAAAAUUUUGUAGAAGAAACCUUCGACAAGCCCACGAAAGAGAAGCCAAAGCAAAAGCAUCGCGGCCGAAAGCCAGGUGUAGGGGAUAGUUCUAUACAAUUCGAACCACUAGAUUUCGAGGAAUUUGAAUCCGAAACUGAACAUAUUUCAGAAGCAACGGACACGUCUCAACCAGAAGCAGAUAUUUCGCCAGAUAAACCAAAAUACAAACGCAAGAAGAAAAUGCAACCGCAACCAGAGUCUAUACAAUAUCUUAUUAAACCCCAAAAAGCAAAAGACAAAGAAGGAUCUUCAGAGCCUGAGCUUGAAUUGCGUAAACCUGAAUCUACAAAGCCACAGGGCGAGGUAGAUGAUAUAAAAUUAAAACCAUUCCACAAAAUAGAAAUCAUUGAAAUAGCAUCCGAAACUACUGACCAGCCAACGCCGUCUGUAUAUAAGAAACGUCCUAAAAGAGUACGCAAACUUAAACAUGAAACACCGGAUGAGGAAAAUGUGAUAGAAAUAAUCGAAAUACCAUCUGAAACUUUAGAGGGUGAUUCAACAUAUGAAGUAACGAUAACAACUACGGAUGUAAGUGCGAUUAGUGAGAAGACACCAAAAACCAAACCGUUAAAAAAGAAAAGAGUGAAAAUAAUGAAGGAUGAAGAGGUGGAUGACUUUAUUGCAGAUUUGAUGGAAGCACCUGAAGACAAAAUAUUUGAUUUUAGCAUAGUGGACUUCUACGAAGUUAAAGUACAAGAAUUAAAACCAGAAUUUAUUGAACAGACAACAGUAAAGGAGGACGGCAAAGUUCAAACAGAAAUUCGCAAAAAGCGCAAACUACUACAUAAAAAGGGUAAUGAAGAGAAUGUGAUCGAAAUUGUAGAAGUAGCUACACCCGAUUCAAGGGAAACUCUGUAUGAAGUGCUUGUGGUUGACACUGAAGAGCAUAGUCCAGAUUCAACGGAUAAACCAAAAACGAAAAAACCGAAAAAGUUGAAGAAAGACGAGUUGGAUGAAUACAUUCAAAAGUUAAUUAAUGCUGAAAUUCCUAAAACCGAACUCGAAAAAUAUGAAAAGAUUGAUGUUGAUGGUAAACCAAAAAAACCAAAGAAAACCAAAAAACUACCUCAAAAAGCUAUUAUAGAAGAGCCGCACACUUUAGAAGUUGAUGUAGUUGAAACUAGUCCCAAAGAAGCACCUAAACUUAAAAAACCCAAGAAAAAGAUAGUUGCAAUGGACACACAGGCUGCUGAAGAACCCACAGAGAUACACGGGACUGAAUUUUCAGUUAAAGUUGCUGACACCGUACCAUCCAAACCAGACUCAGAAGUUAUUUUGGAAGAAACAAUAGGUAAGGAAGAGACUGCACCAGCUGCGGAAACUGCUGAGGAUGAUAUUCCGAAAAUUGAAGAAAUUUCUAAAAAUGUUGACAUUGUGGCAACAGAAGGACCAAGCGGAACAAUUACAGAAGAAAUUAUUACAAAACGCAAAUUCAAGAAAAAGAAGGGUGCGAAGGAAUAUACCAUAGAAGUUAUUGAAACGCAAACAAAGAAUGAGCCAGAAGCAGAAGUAACAGUUAUAACAACAGAAAUUGUAGAAACACCAGCAGAAUCCCUUCCGGAAAAACCAAAGCGUGUCCCUAAAAAGACGACUAAAAACAUCAAAAAAGAAGAAGUAGAGAACUAUAUUAUGCAAAUUGUUGAAGAAUUACCAGAGGAAUUCAAAGUGCAGCCUAAAGAGGAUCUACAAGAAAUUUUAGAAAACACUGAAAACCCGGUAACAGAUGCCACUUUCUUUAGCACUACUAUCGUAGAGGAAACAGCCGAUCAGGAAGAACUAACGGAAGCUGAUCAAAUAUCUCCCGUUGAGAGCGGCACGGAAGAAAGAAAGAAGAAAAUUAAAAAACCAAAACACAUUAAAAUUGUGGAAGGGCAACCACAGGAAGAAGGUUUACAAAAUAUUGAGGUACAAACUGAUGAAGAACGCGGUAUUAAAGAAACUCCUGUCGUAGAAAACUUCAUGGUCGAUAAGCAUGAAGAGGGCAUAAAAAGGCAGAAAAAAGGAAAGCGCACCCAGCCCAAGGAAGAACAAGUCAUGGAAAAAUAUGUAGUUCGAAUUGAAGAAUCAGCUCCCGAAGUUACAACCACUGAAAUUGUUGACGAACAGGGUGAUCGUACAAAACAAACUACGACAAAAAGAAGGCUUAAGAAAAAGGAGGGUCCGAAGGAAUUUUUAAUAGAAGUUGUGGAAACGUUUGAAGCAAAUAAACCAGACGAAGUGGAGUUAACUGUAACAACAACAGAAGUCGUACCAACUGAUUUAGGUGAAGAUGCAGUCGAGCAAAAAACAACAACUAAAAAAAUCAAAAAGAAGAAAUCUCCUAAAGAAGACUUCGAUGAUUAUUUACGAAAACUGAUAGAACAGGAAAUACCCAAAACUGAACUGGAAGAAUUCACACCGCUUGAAUUUAGCAAAACUGCGAAGAAACCUAAAAGGAAAACCAAACAUCACAAGAAAACUAUUGAGGUUGUUGACGAUGUGCCGGUCACAAUUCAUGAAUUCGAUGUAGAAGAAUUGCCCAGUGAAAAAGAAGAGGAAGCUGAAGAACCAACAGCUGAGGUUGCAAUAGAAGAAGAGCAAACCAAACCGGAUGAUCAUGAAGAAUUUAGAAUUGGUGUAACCGAUGAACAAGUUGAGCCGAUGAAUUUCGAUGAAAUAACUACUGAAGAACGUCCAACCAAAAUAAGAAAACCGAAAAAACCAAAAGAGGCACCAACAGAAGAAGCUCCUGUAGUAUUGGAAGAACUAGAACAGAGCAUUGUAACGGUCAUGGAGACUGAUGAAAAAGGUGAUAUAAAAGAGAAAACCGUAUCUAAGCGAAAAAUUAAACGUAAGCAAGGACCCAAAGAAGCAGUUUUUGAAAUAUCUGAAAUAACAGAAGGAGAAGAUCAACCUAUUACUGAGGUAACAAUUGUGCAACUAGACGAAAGUCAACCAACUCUUGAAGACACGAAACCCACUAUACCGGUUAAAAAGAUUGUAAAAAAACCUAAGAAAAUACCAAAAGAAGAUAUUCAAAAUUAUUUGGUAAACGUCAUCGAAGAAUUUAUAUACCAGGACACAGUUCCAGAAAGCGAGGAAGAGAUUAUAGAAAAACCUAAAGAUGAUGUCAAAAAGGAUAUUCGUAAACCGAAAAAGCAUAAAGUAAAAGUAACGGAAGAGAAAGUGCAAGAUGAUAUUGACACUAUACCUGACACCGAAGCUCAUUUAAUAGAAGAAUAUCCGGAGUCCAUAAAUCAAAUAGAAGACGAAUACAAGAUUGAUUUAACUGAGUCUUCGCUACCCGAACAGCCCACCAAAAAGAUACGCAAAAAGAUCAAGAAACAGGAAUCGAUCACAAAAGUGCCAGAUGAAGAUUCUCCAGAAUUCAGAGCGCGCAUAUCUUCGUUUGAAGAAGCCCCAGAAAAUGAAGUUCUAGUGGAAGAGCCAAUUCAUAGUGAGCAAGAAGAAAUACAACAUGUAGAUGACUUUAAUGUUAUUGUGGAAGAAAUUGAAACCACUCAAGAUGUUCAGGAUAUUAUCGAUGAAACCGGCGAGAAAAUAAAACAGACCACGAAGAAACGUAAGAUAAGGAAAACAGUAGGGCCGAAAGAAGAAAUAAUAGAAAUUAUUGAAACACAAUUGGAAAACUCGCCAAUAGCAGAGGUUACAGUUGUAGUAGAGGAAGUGGAAAAACCAGUUACAACAAAGGAAGAUAAGCCACAAGUAGUCAAACCAAAGAAAAUAAAGAAGGUUAAAAAGGAUGAUCUUAUGGAGUACAUUUACAAAUUAAUUGAAGAGGAUAUACCGAAAACGGAACUGGAAAAAUAUGAGAAAAUUGACUUGGAACAACCGAUAAAACUUAAAAAGAAAAAGAAACCUGAGAAGAAAGACGUUACUUUAACGGAAGAAGUACCUGUAAAAGAACAAGAUGAGGAUAUAAAAAGAUUGAAAAAGACAAAGCAUACCAAACCUAAGAAAGAGACAGUCUUUGAAAAAUAUGUAGUUCGAAUUGAAGAAUCAGCUCCCGAAGUUACAACUACUGAAAUUGUUGACGAACAGGGUGAUCUUACAAAACAAACUACGACAAAAAGAAGGCUUAAGAAAAAGGAGGGUCCGAAGGAAUUUUUAAUAGAAGUUGUGGAAACGUUUGAAGCAAAUAAACCAGACGAAGUGGAGUUAACUGUAACAACAACAGAAGUCGUACCAACUUAUUUAGGUGAAGGUGCAGUCGAGCAAAAAACAACAACUAAAAAAAUCAAAAAGAAGAAAUCUCCUAAAGAAGACUUCGAUGAUUAUUUACGAAAACUGAUAGAACAGGAAAUACCCAAAACUGAACUGGAAGAAUUCACACCGCUUGAAUUUAGCAAAACUGCGAAGAAACCUAAAAGGAAAACCAAACAUCACAAGAAAACUAUUGAGGUUGUUGGCGAUGUGCCGGUCACAAUUCAUGAAUUCGAUGUAGAAGAAUUGCCCAGUGAAAAAGAAGAGGAAGCUGAAGAACCAACAGCUGAGGUUGCAAUAGAAGAAGAGCAAACCAAACCGGAUGAUCAUGAAGAAUUUAGAAUUGGUGUAACCGAUGAACAAGUUGAGCCGAUGAAUUUCGAUGAAAUAACUACUGAAGAACGUCCAACCAAAAUAAGAAAACCGAAAAAACCAAAAGAGGCACCAACAGAAGAAGCUCCUGUAGUAUUGGAAGAACUAGAACAGAGCAUUGUAACGGUCAUGGAGACUGAUGAAAAAGGUGAUAUAAAAGAGAAAACCGUAUCUAAGCGAAAAAUUAAACGUAAGCAAGGACCCAAAGAAGCAGUUUUUGAAAUAUCUGAAAUAACAGAAGGAGAAGAUCAACCUAUUGCUGAGGUAACAAUUGUGCAACUAGACGAAAGUCAACCAACUCUUGAAGACACGAAACCCACUAUACCGGUUAAAAAGAUUGUAAAAAAACCUAAGAAAAUACCAAAAGAAGAUAUUCAAAAUUAUUUGGUAAACGUCAUCGAAGAAUUUAUAUACCAGGACACAGUUCCAGAAAGCGAGGAAGAGAUUAUAGAAAAACCUAAAGAUGAUGUCAAAAAGGAUAUUCGUAAACCGAAAAAGCAUAAAGUAAAAGUAACGGAAGAGAAAGUGCAAGAUGAUAUUGAAACUAUACCUGACACCGAAGCUCAUUUAAUAGAAGAAUAUCCGGAGUCCAUAAAUCAAAUAGAAGACGAAUACAAGAUUGAUUUAACUGAGUCUUCGCUACCCGAACAGCCCACCAAAAAGAUACGCAAAAAGAUCAAGAAACAGGAAUCGAUCACAAAAGUGCCAGAUGAAGAUUCUCCAGAAUUCAGAGCGCGCAUAUCUUCGUUUGAAGAAGCCCCAGAAAAUGAAGUUCUAGUGGAAGAGCCAAUUCAUAGUGAGCAAGAAGAAAUACAACAUGUAGAUGACUUUAAUGUUAUUGUGGAAGAAAUUGAAACCACUCAAGAUGUUCAGGAUAUUAUCGAUGAAACCGGCGAGAAAAUAAAACAGACCACGAAGAAACGUAAGAUAAAGAAAACAGUAGGGCCGAAAGAAGAAAUAAUAGAAAUUAUUGAAACACAAUUGGAAGACUCGCCAAUAGCAGAGGUUACAGUUGUAGUAGAGGAAGUGGAAAAACCAGUUACAACAAAGGAAGAUAAGCCACAAGUAGUCAAACCAAAGAAAAUAAAGAAGGUUAAAAAGGAUGAUCUUAUGGAGUACAUUUACAAAUUAAUUGAAGAGGAUAUACCGAAAACGGAACUGGAAAAAUAUGAGAAAAUUGACUUGGAACAACCAAUAAGACUUAAAAAGAAAAAGAAACCUGAGAAGAAAGACGUUACUUUAACGGAAGAAGAACCUGUAGAAGAACAAGAUGAACCAUUACAAGUUCAAGUUGCAGAUUUCGUAAGCGUCACGCCAAAGAAACAGAGAAAGAAGCCUGCUAAAGAUGUAAAGGUUAAGGAAGAGGAUAUCGAAGUGGAUCAACCUGAGCAAGAGAUUGAAGUUACAAGUAUUGACGUAAAGGAUACGGAAAAGCCUAAGAAAAACAAAAAACUGUCGGUAUUAGUUGCGGAAAGUUCACCACAAGAAGUAUUAGGCGAAGAAUAUAAAGUAGAAAUUAUUGAAGACACCGUUGAAACACAAACCUCGACAGACAAAAAUGGUGAAAUCAUAGAAAAAACUGUGAAAAAGAAAAAGAUUAAACAUACAAAGGGACCUGAAGAAAUCGUUACGGAUAUCAUUGAAACUCACGAAAAAGACAAUGAAGAGGCCGAAAUUACUGUCAUUGUCACAACUCCAAACAAGGACAUUGAUACCCCUCAAGAAGUGCAAAUUAAACAAAAGAAAACUAAAAAACUAAAAACUAAAGACGUUCCUGAGUAUAUUGCCAAGAUUAUUGAAGAAAUGCCUGCUGAAGUUUUUAAGGAAUACAAACCACAAGAAAUUGCGGAAACUCCAAGAAAACCAGAGAAAAAGUUAAAACACAAGUUUAAAGAAAGUGACGAAGAUAAGGUUGAAGAAAAAGAGAUAAUUCAUGAAUUCACUACGAUGGUUGUGGAAGAUCAAACGGAGCCCGACGUGGAUGCUUUUGAAACAAAAAUAAUUGAAAAUGAUUCUAAGCCAAAAAAGAAAAAAUCCACAAAAUUAAAAAUACAAGUAGCGGAAGAUGAGAAACCUGAAAGUAUAGAUAUAACAGAAGUACCUGUUAAGGAAAUUGAACCACAAGAUGCUAGCAAUGAGGAACAACCUUCGGAAGCAAUACGCAUCAUAGAAGAUGAAAAGAAACCUUCUUCUGAAGAAUAUGAACACGAAGUAACAACAGUCGUAAAAGAUUCUAAGCCAAAGAAAAAGAAGCCAAUUAAACAAAAAGUGAAAGGCACCGAUGAGGAUAAGCCUGAAGAAAUACCUUUUGACAUGGUUACAGUCCAAGAAACAGACAUCUUAGAUGUGAAAGAGAAGGUUCCGUCUGAAGAAAUAAAGAUUGCUGAAGACCAACCAACCUCAGAAACUGAAGGCUUCGAAAUCUCAGUAAUUGAAGAGGAAACAAAACCAAAGAAAAAGAAACCAACUAAACAAAAAGUGAAAGUCGUUGAUGAGGAUAAGCCCGAAGAAAUACCUUUAGACACGGUUGCAGUCCAAGAAACAGACAUCUUAGAUGUGAAAGAGAAGGUUCCGUCUGAAAAAAUAAAGAUUGCUGAAGACCAACCUACCUCAGAAACUGAAGGCUUCGAAAUCUCAGUAAUUGAAGAGGAAACAAAACCAAAGAAAAAGAAACCAACUAAACAAAAAGUGAAAGUCGUUGAUGAGGAUAAGCCUGAAGAAAUACCUUUAGACACGGUUGCAGUCCAAGAAACAGACAUCUUAGAUGUGAAAGAGAAGGUUCCAUCUGAAGAAAUAAAGAUUGCUGAAGACCAACCUACCUCAGAAACUGAAGGCUUCGAAAUCUCAGUAACUGAAGAGGAAGCCAAACCAAAGAAAAAGAAGCCAACUAAACAAAAGGUGAAAGUCGUUGAUGAGGAUAAGCCUGAAGAAAUACCUUUUGACACGGUUGCAGUUCCAGAAACGGACAUCUUAGAUGUGAAAGAGAAGGUCCCGUCAGAAGAAAUAAAGAUUGCUGAAGACCAACCUACCUCAGAAACUGAAGGCUUCGAAAUCUCAGUAACGGAAGAGGAAACAAAACCAAAGAAAAAGAAGCCAACUAAACAAAAGGUGAAAGUCGUUGAUGAGAAUAAACCCGAAGAAAUACCUUCUGACACGGUUGCAGUCCAAGAAACAGACAUCUUAGAUGUGAAAGAGAAGGUUCAUUCUGCAGAAAUAAAGAUUGCCGAAGACCAACCUACCUCAGAAACUGAAGGCUUCGAAAUCUCAGUAAAGGAAGAGGAAACAAAACCAAAGAAAAAGAAGCCAACUAAAGAAAAAAAUAAACUUGUCGAAGAAGAUAAGCCUGAGGACUUACCUGUUGAAUUAAUCUCUGAGCAGGUGCAAGUAGAAGAAAUUGAAACUAAAACCGAAGUUAAGGAAGUUAAAGACGACAAAGGUGAAGUUAAAAAACAAAUGAUAACAAAACGCAAAUUAAAACGUCAACAAGGGCCCGACGAGGACAUUAUCGAAAUAAUAGAAAUCCAGACCGAAGGACAGCCGGAAGCGGAAGUUACCAUUAUAGAAACACAAAAAGAAAAAGAAACAGAAGAAGACAGUGUUAAGCCAAAAGUGCAGAAAAAGAAAGUAAAGAAAGUUAAGAAGGACGACUUACACGACUAUAUCCAGAAAUUGAUCGAUGAAGAAAUACCUAAAACGGAGCUAGAAAAGUAUGAAAAAAUCGAAAUUGAAUCUACACCAAAAAUUAAAAAAGAAACCGAUGAAAAUUUCGCCGCCACAGUCAAAGAUGAAACACCCAAAGCAUAUGAGAAGCAAGAGUCAAAGAAAAAGAUUAAACCUAAGAAACCGCAAGAAAGCUUGGAAGAACAUCCGCAAGCCGCAGUGCGCAUUAUAGAAGACGCAACGGAAGACAAUGAGCCAACCUUGCCAAUUAAAAUAAUCGAAAUACAGCCAUUUGAAGAACCAGUUAUUAUAACUGAAGAAAGGCCGGCUGAGGUAAAAGUUGAGGAGAUGAUUGAUCAACGAGGAGAACCAACCCAGAAAGUAACCACUAAACGAGUACUUAAAAAGAAAGAAAAAGGCAAAAAGGACAGCACUGUAAACAUUAUUACUAUUCAAGAUGAUUCAAGUCCUGAGGCUGUUGUUAUAAUUAGUGAAGAGCCAGAAUCGGUACCGGUUACGAAUGAAGAACAACCAGAACAACCUGUACAAAUUGAAGAACAAAAAUCAAAGAAACCUAAAAAGAUUAUCAAGAAAAUUAAAAAGAAUGAUCUAGAUGAAUAUGUGCAGAAAUUAAUCGAAGAAGAAAUACCGAAAGUAGAACUUGAACAGUACGAAAAGUUAGAUGAGCCAAUAAUUAAGAAACCGAAACAAAAGAAAGAAAGUACUAAACCACAAGACACCGAAGCAUUGGAAAUAACUAAAACAUCGGUGGAUAGUGAGAAACCAGAAAAACUCAAAAAACCAAAGAAACCUAUAGAAAAACCAAUACCUUCUGAGACCACACAAAUCGAAGAAACACCCCUCACAGACACAAAAGACGAUGUAGUUACCAUAGUCGAAGAAACUACUAAACCCAAAACACGAAAACAACCACAAACACAAUUAGAGGACACUGAACAGAGUACACCAAUAGAUCAUGAGGACAAACCAACAACAACAACCAUAACAUCGGAUACAACUGAUACAAAACAAAAAACAAAUAAACAUAAGCCAAAAGAUCAAAAAAUCACUGAUGAUACAAGAGAAGAAACAGUGGUGCACGAGGAUUAUGAGAUCAGUAUUGUAGAAGAACAGCCUACGGAAAAAGAGAGACCUCAACAAGAAGAGCGACCAUUACAGGUUAAGAUAAUUGAGGAGAUGCCUGAAGUACAAGACUCCCAUCCCAUUGAGCUAUUAGAAGAGGAUCAACCAGAGGAGGAGGGAACAGAUGCACCAACGGUUGGUGAACAGGAAAAACCUAAAAAGAAGAAAAAGAUUGUAAAGAAGAAAAUAGAUGAGCAUGAUGUCAUCAUACAAAAAUUACUUGAACAGGAAAUUGAGAAGGCCGAACUUGAAAAAUACGAAAAAUUCGAAUUUGAGAAACCACAAAAGGUUAAGCCGGAAUUCGCUAAAAUUGAGCCCCAAAAAAUAGUACGGAAGAAGCAAGAACCGACGCAACUCGUUGUAGUUGAUGCAGGAGAAGUGCCGCAAUCCAUUAAGUUGAAACCAACUAAACGUAAGCCCAAGGUUGUCGAAGAACAAACUGUCCAAAUAUCUAAGGUUCAGCUUAAGAGCCGCAUGCAAGUUAUUGAAUAUCCCCCCGAACUUUUAAUGCCGAAAAUAACAGAAAUUUGUUCUGUUCGGGAGACUGGCGAGCUUUCACGCAAUAUUGAAGAAGCUGAAGAAGUGCUCAAAUUCAAACCACGUAGGAUUAAGAAGUUGAAGAAAACAAUAAAUGAUUUGGAAAAACCCCAAUUGGAGAAAUAUGAAAAGUAUGUUAGCAGCGAAGAGGAAAUCGAGGAACCAACACCUUAUCAGAAACCUGAAAAGACACCAAAACUGGAAGAAAAGACGGAGGAAGUUAAACUCAAGAUUGGUAAAGGUAAGAAGAAACCCAUCACGGAGGAACAGCCUGAAAAAGUGACUUUGAAAAAGACACCAGAAAAACCAAAGCAAGUUGAAGAUAUUGAAGAAAUAGUGCCCAAAAAGAAGGAAACGACUGAAGUUAAGAUUAUUGAAGAAAGUCCAGAACAGCCGGCACAGGUAUUACAACCGUUUGAGCCCACUGACUUCGAACAUCCAGAGUACGAAAAGGAGGAAUUGCAACCUAUUGAACUACCUGAGGAACCUAAGCCUGAAAAGAAGGAAUCGAAACAGAAGCACAAACCUAAGCAAAAACCAAAAUCCGAGCCAGAAGUGAAUGUGACUCAAAUUGUUCCUGGCAUACCAAAGGAGCAAGAAGAAAUACCUCAAGAAGAUAUUAAAUUCCGCAUUCCAGAGAGCAGCGCACCUGAAGAAUCGACAGAGGAAGUCAAAUUGAAGCCAAUUAAGAAGGUAAAAGAAGUAUCAGCUCCUGUUGAAGAAACUAAGAUUAUGCCUAAGGAGAAAGAAUCUGAAAAGAUUCCAAUUCCCGACACAGAGGAGCAAACAGAAAAGAAAAAGAAACCGAAAGCGAAGAAAACUCCACAAAAUGAAGUAGAAGCUGUGGAAGAAAUACCGGAAGAACAAUUUGAGGUUUCUAUUACCGAAGAGCAACCAACUAUACCAGAACAGCCCGCUGAAGAGAAGCCUUCUGAAGUAAAGUUGAAGAAGAAGAAAACCAAAGAUAUGCCUUCGGCCGAAAUUCAAGUGGUUGAAGAAAUUCCUAAAGAAGAAAUAAUAGAAGAAACUCCAAUUGAGUACAAAAUUACAACAACUGUAAUUGAACCCGAGGAAGCACCAGAAGAACUAAAAGUUCGUGUCAUUGAUUUCGAUCAGAAGGAAGUUACUGUCGAAGAAGUGGUGGAAGAACGAGUGGUUACGCGCAAAAAGAAACCCAAGCCACAAAUGCCAGAAGAGUAUGAAUACGUUAUUACAGAGCCCGAACUGACAGAGAUACCAACAGAAGUGACAGAGGAUAUUCCAACUCAACCAGAGCAGCGCAAAGAAAGUUUGCCCGAGGAAACGGUGAUGGAUGUGCAAGAAAUAGAGACUACACCAGAAGAACAAGUCGCCAAAGUCAGCGUAAAGAAGAAGUCAACGAAAAAGCCAAAGGUAGAAACUGAAACUAAGGAUGUUCCUAUUAUUGAGGAGAUCAAAGAAGAAGUCCCGGAGGAAGAAGUUACUGAAAAUACCAUCACUGAACAGGUCAUCAAAAAGGUGAAACCAAAGAGUUAUAAGUUUAAGCUAACAGAAAUGAAAGCUGAAGAAGUGCCCGAACAGCCAACGGAAGAAAUUCCAGAAAAACCGGAAGAGCCACAGCAAAUAGUGGAAGAAAUUGUCCCAGAUUUUCCAACUUAUGAAAUCACCACUACGGAUAUUGAAGCCGAAGUUACGAAACAAACAGAAGAAAUCGUUGAAGCUGAAGUCAAAGAGAAAAAGCCUAAAAAGGUGAAAGUUCACGAAGCUCCUAAAGAAUAUGAAGUAGGGGUAAUAGAAGAAGUAAUACCCCAAACUGUUGAAGAGGAGGAGCAACCUGAUGGAGCUAUUUUCUCAAUAAAAAAGAAACCAAAGAAGCAGGUCCCUGAAGAGUUUGAGGCUUCAGUGGUGUUGACCGAACCAAAACCUGUGGAAGAAGUAGAAGCGCAAGUUGAGAUAAAGAAAAAGCCGAAAAAACCGAAAACAACGGAAGACGUUUCUACUUUCCAUGAAAUCAAGGUAGUUGAAUUGGAAAUUCCGAAGGAAGAAAUUGAAGAACAGUUGAUACAGGAUGAAACAGUCAUCACAAAAGCACCUGCCAUUGAAGAAGUGCCCAUGGAAUACAAAUUUGGAAUUGUCGAAUCACAAGACGAAGAAGAAGUUCCCUCGGCAGAAUUCACAGUUAAAGAAGAAGAAAAUGUUAAGCAACCAAUUCAAGAGCCUGAAGCCGAAUAUGUUAUCAAGGAAAGUAAGCCAACAGAAGAGGUGGUAGAGGAAGCUAAGAUCAAAACUAAAAAAUCCAAAAAGAAGCCAACGGAGACAGAAGAAGUUGAAUUGAAAGUAAAAGUUACAGAAGAAGUUCCAGAAAAACCCACGCAAGUGGAAGAAGUGAUUGAGGAGAUUGUUACUGUACCCGAAGGAGUUGUGACUGAGGAAAAACUCAAAGAGUAUGUCAUUGAAGUUAAGGAGUCAAUACCAGAAAAAGCUGAGACAUUGACUGUCGAGAAAACUGAAAUUCCUCAAGAAGAAGAGCUGCAUGAAGAAGCACCAGUUCAAGAUGUGGUUAAGAAGAAGGUAAAGAAGCCCAAGGAAACCAAAGAGGAGCACAAGGUGGAUGUAGUUGCAGAAAUUCCAAACUCUGAAGAAGAGGGAACCCAACCUGCUCCAACUGUGAACAAAGUGGAAGAAAAACCAAAGGAAUAUGAGAUUCAAAUGAAAGAAACUAUGGCGGAAGUACAACAAGAGGAGGCACCUGAAGAGCAAAUAACCCUACCUAGGAAGAAAAAACCAGCACCACAAGUAACGGAUGAGCCAGAACAAGAGGUAAAACUUACAACAACUAAGCCUGUUGAGGAAGUUGAAGAGGAAGUUAAGAUUAAAAAGAAACCCAAAAAGAAACCGGUAGAGGAUGAGGCCGCUGCUGAGUUAAAGGUUACCGUUGUUGAAGAAGUUAACGUUGCUCCCGAAAUAGAAGAGAAAGUGGAGGUAGUGGAAGAAAUAAAACCUAUACCCGAAAUUAUUAAAAAAGAAAAGCCUAAAGAGUACAAGUUCGAGGUAACAGAAAGCGAAGCUGUAAAGCCUCAAGAGGAAGUUGCCGAAGAAGAGGUUAGUCUUCCUCAAAAGAAUAAGCAAAUUCCUCAACUUGAGGAAGAACCAGAAGUAAAAAUUAAGUUGGCUAAACAAGAGCCAGUUAAAGAGGUUCAAGAAGAGGUUAAGAUCAAAAAGAAAUCCAAACGGAGACCGGAGGAAGGGGCUGAAGCUGAACUUAAAGUUAAUAUUAUUGAAGAAAUACCUGCUGUUCCAGAAGUAGAAGAGAUAAUAGUAGAGGAAGAAGAAGUCAAACCCAUACCUCAAGAAAUCAAGGAAGAAAAGCCAAAGGAAUAUGAAAUCAAGGUUAAAGAUAGUGAAAUUGAAAAAACCGAAGAAGAGAUUGUUGAGGAACAGGUCAGUUUACCAACGAAGAAAAAACGAGUACCACAAGUCACAGAAGAACCAGAGGAAGAGGUAAAAUUGCAGCCUGGGAAACCAACUGAAGAGGUCCAAGAAGAAAUAAAGAUUAAAAAGAAACCAAAGAAGGAAACUAAAGUUGAUGAAGCUGAAGCAUCACUUAAGGUAACUGUUCUGGAAGAGUCGCCGGCGGUUCCCGAAGUUGUUGAAGAAAUUGAAAAAUUGGAAGAAAUUAAGCCAACUCCUAAAGAAGAAAAGCCAAAGGAAUACGAGUUUAAGGUUACAGAAAGUGAAACUGAAAAGCCAAAAGAAGAGGUCACAGAAGAACAAAUCACUCUUCCAAAGAAAAAGAGGCCAACCCCACAAGUCACAGAUGAACCAGAAGAAGAAGUUAAUUUGACAACAAAGAAACCAAUUGAGGAAGUGCAGGAAGAAAUUAAAAUAAAGAAAAAACCCAAAAAGGACCAAAAGCCUGAAGAAGCUGCUGCUGAACUAAAGGUUACUAUUCAGGAAGAGGUACCCCAAGAGCAACAAAUAGAAGAGGUAGAAGAGAUAGAAGAGGUGAUGGUACCUAAACAGGAACAACAUGUAGAAAAGCCGGAAGAAUACGAAUUUAAAAUAAAGGAAACGGAACCGCAAGCUGAGCAAAUGUUCGAAGAGGAAGUACGUUUGCCACAGAAGAAGCCUAUUAAGCCAGAAACAGUAGAAGAACCCGAAAUGGAAGUAACUUUGAAACCUAAAAAGGAAGUCGAAGAAGUAAAAGAAGAACUCAAAAUUGUUAAAAAGAAGCAGAAGAAACUUCAGCCGGAAGAAGCUACAGAGCUUACCGUAAAAGUUGAGGAAGAAGUGGUACCCGAACCUGUUGUCGAAGAAAUUGAAGAAAUCGAAGAAGUUUUUGUGCCUAAAAAAUCAAAAGAAGCUCCGGAAGAAAUUCCAGAAGAUAUACAUGUUGAUGUUGUACUCAAACCCAAGAAACCAAAGCAAGUUGAAGCAGAGGAGUUCGCGGUCGACGUUAAGCUUCCUAAGCAAAAAGAAACGACUCAGGAAACUACCGAUGAAACUGUUGCAUUGAAGAAGAAAAAGAAAUCAAAGCCAGUUGUCGAAGAAGCGGCGGAUGAACUGAAACUCACGAAAGAAGUGGUCGAAGAACGGCCAGUUGAAAUAGAAGAGGAAGAAAUUGUUGAAGAAGCUAUUGUCACGCGCAGAAAACCGAAGAAGGCAUUCGAACCUUCUAUAGAAGAACAUGAAGAGCAAGAAUUCAGUUUGUCUUUGAAAAAACCUAAGAAAAUUAACGAAGGUGUUGCAGAAGAAGCAACUGUUUUGAGAAAGCGGCCUUCAAGACCAACGGUAUUUGACGAAGCGGGAGCAGAACUUUCAAUCAAACGACAAGAAGAAUACGAAGAAGGGGAAGACAUAGAAGAGUUUGUCGUAGAAAGAGCACAAAAACCACAACCUUUGCAAGUAACAGACGAACAGGACCAAGAAUAUACUGUCAAGAAAUUGAAACGUCGAAGGAAGGGAGUAGAAAUUCCUGAAUAUACCGAUGUAGAAAAUGUGACAUUCCGGCCAAAAACGAUUAAAACCAAAGAGGAUGUGGAUCAAGAAUUCAAUAUCGCUUUGGAUUCAUAUGCCGAAGAGGAAAUUUCAAUGUCCGGCAAAGUCAAAUUGAAGAAACCCAUAACUAAGACAUACUCUGAAGCGGCUGAUGAAACUAAUAUCAAAAUUUUCCAAGGCUAUGAUGAUGGUGAAGGACCGGUCAUCGAGGAGAUACGCGAUGACAGUAGCAUUGAAGACACAAUGUACGAUGUGGAAGAGCCAGAAGAGUAUCAAGUCGAAGAGUUGCCACCAGAUGAUUUUGAUUUUACAAUAAAGCCCAAAAAUGUGGCUAAGCCCAGAUAUUCGAUACAAGAUGAAGAAGAGGAACAAUUCUUGAUUGGAUUGCGAAGACCAAAGAGCGAUUCGGUAACGUACGAUGAAGACUCACUCACGUUUAAAAAGAAGCGGAAGGUGAUCCAACAGAUUUUCAACGAAGAGGGUGCAUCUCUUAAUAUAACCCGUGAAAUGAAUAUUGAAGAAACCGAGGAUGAGAAUGCAAUGUAUUCCAUUUGCAACUACAUCGCUGACAAUGAUGAGGCCAUCAACUUGGUGGAAGGUGAGAAGGUGUACGUGAUUGGUCGUCACAGCUCUGAAUGGUGGUAUGUGAAAAAGAAUAUAACGGAAGAGGAAGGCUGGGUGCCGGCGCAAUAUCUUAUGGAGCCAACCGAAUACACACACUACGUUCAAAAGAAAUUACAUGAGAAAAUUGACAAACUUCCAGUAUUUGAACGUCCCGGUCCUGAAGAAAAACCAAUGGCACCACGUUUUAUUGAAAAACUGCAACCAAUUCAUACGCCUGAUGGUUACACCGUGCAAUUUGAAUGCAAAGUUGAGGGUAUACCACGCCCACAAGUAGCUUGGUUCCGCGAGACUGCCAUUAUAAAGCCUUCUCAAGACUUCCAAAUGUAUUAUGAUGAUGAUAAUGUGGCGACAUUGAUCAUACGUGAAGUGUUCCCAGAGGAUGCGGGUAAAUUUACCUGUGUCGCUAAAAAUGCUGCCGGCUUCACGUCAACUACAACGGAAUUGGUUGUUGAGACGCCGCUAUCAGAUCAUGGUUCCGACGCUACAGGUUUGUCACGCAAGAGUAUGUCGCGCGAGUCCUCACUAGCCGACAUACUCGAAGGCAUACCACCUACAUUCUCACGCAAACCCAAAGCACAAUAUGUUGAUGAAAACACGAACGUGAUAUUAGAGUGCCGUUUAGUCGCUGUGCCAGAGCCUGACAUAAUUUGGACCUUUAAUGGCGAGGAAAUUGAUGUUAAAGAAACGAAAAAUACACGCGUCGUUACGGAAUCUGAUAUGCAUAUGUACUGCAGUGUUGUGCACAUCACAAAGGUGAAGAAAUCGCAAGAAGGUACCUACGAAGUGAUCGCCACAAAUCGAGAAGGUGAAUCUCGUUUACCAAUUGUGUUAAAGGUACGUACAGAUGAAAAGGAACCUCCACAGAUUCUUGAACCACUGCGGAAUACCGUUGUGCGCGAAGGCGAAAGCGUGGUAUUGACGACACAAAUCGUUGGCAAUCCACGACCAAAGGUGACGUGGUACAAGGAUGGCAAACCGAUCACAAAUAAUACAAAAUCAGACAAAGAUACACACACAUUAACAUUGAUCUCACCAAAGACUGCGGAAGGCGGUGAAUAUACUGUAAAAGCAGAGAACCCAUUGGGAAGCGUGGAAACAACGGCUAACUUGACCGUUGAAGAACCAUCUAGUGGCAAUGCUGAACCACCGCUGUUCAUCGAGCGUUUCGAGGAACAGUCCGUACCGCAGAAAGGCACUAUCCGUUUGCCAGCUAAGGUUACUGGAAAUCCAGUGCCCGAAGUCCAAUGGCUUUUCAACAACAAUCCACUCUAUCCAUCGGAACGCAUACAACAAAUAUACGAUGGAGAAAAUAUUGAGCUUAUUAUCAAGGACGCCAACCCCGACACAGAUUCCGGUGAUUACAAGUGUAUUGCCAGCAAUCCGAUCGGAAAAACAUCACACGGUGCGCGCGUCAUUGUCGAGGUUGAUGAAGUUACAUUUACUAAGAAAUUAAAGAAAACUAUCACCAUUGAAGAAAUCCAAUCACUCACCUUAGAAUGUGAAACCUCGCAUGUGGUUACAACUAAAUGGUUCUUCAAUGGCAAAGAACUCAGCGGCAUGGAUCAUCGCGUAGUGGUCCAAGAUGGUAAAAUACACAAACUGGUUAUACGCAAUACAAAUCUGCGUGAUAGCGGCACUUAUACCUGUAAAGUUAAGAAUAAGGAGACUGAAUCCACGGUGGAAGUUCUACCCCGUAAACCCGAAUUUAUUAAGAUAUUAGAAGAUUAUGAAGUAACCGAAAAAGAUACCGCCAUUUUAGAUGUUGAAGUCUCAACGGAUAAUGCUGAAGUUGUAUGGUACAAGGAUGGUGAAAAAAUAACACCCGAAAAGAAGAAUAUCGAGCUCAUUAAAGAGGGUAGGGUGCGAAAGAUCAUAAUACAUGAAAGUACCGUAUACGAUGAGGGUGAAUACAUGUGUAAAUUGGAUGAACAGGAAUGCGCUGGCGAGCUUACAGUGAUUGAAUUACCGCCAGAAAUUGUGAAACCGCUAGAGAACGUCACAGUGACUAAAGGCGAGAAUGCUGUUUUCGAUAUUGAACUGAGUAAAGGCGACGCUUUAGUCAAGUGGUUCAAGGAUGGCAAAGAGCUUCCACUAAACGAGCAUGUACAACUCACGAUCGAUGGCAAGAAACAAACCCUGCGAAUUGUGGAGGCACAGCCUUCAGACGUUGGUCAAUACUCCAUUGAGGUUGGUCCGCAAACAUCAAAGGCACAAUUGACUGUUGAAGAACCGUUAGUGAACUUUGUGGUGCCACUACCUGAUGUGACCAUCGCCACAAAGGGCACAGAUGCCGAAUUUACUGUUGAGUUGUCACAGCCAGAUGUUGAGGUCACUUGGUAUAAGAAAGCGAAACCAAUUAAGCCCAAUAAAAAACAUGAAGUGUUUGUCGAGGGUACCGUUAGACGUUUUGUUAUACACGAUGCAGACGAUGAAGACACUGGUGAUAUCAGUUGCACUGCGGCCAAUGCGACAACGACGAGUAAAUUGUGUGUUGAGGAAAUCAAGACCUUACCCAUUAUAACUAGUGACAAAGAUCAGACUAUUAAGGUGAAGGAGAAUGAUGAUGUAACCAUGACAGUGAAGUUCGCAGGCUCGCCCAAACCAGAUGCCGAAUGGAAUACAACAAAACAUGUUAUAAUCAAGAACAAGCAUUUAAUACCCACACUAGAUGAACAGUCUGCAUCGCUCACCAUAAAGAAGGUUGUGGAUGACGAUGAAGGUAUAUACACAUUAAGACUGAAGAAUCCAGUAGGAGAAGUGGAAGCCACUCUCAACUUGAUAAUAAUGAGAAAACCUACGGCACCUGGUACACCAGAGCCAUUAGAAGUCACACAUGAUUCGAUUACACUGUUCUGGAAGGCCCCCGAAGAUGAUGGUAAAUGUGAAAUCACUGAAUAUGUGCUUGAAUAUCAAGAUGUGAAAGAGGAAAGAUGGAUUGAGAUACGAAAAGUCAAAGGCACAACAUUUACUGUGAGCAAACUGAAAAUCGAUACGGAAUAUGUAUUCCGUGCCAUCGCUGUAAAUGAUGUUGGUCCAUCACCACAUUCACCCCUCUCACCACCCAUUCGUCUUGUUGCCGAAGUAAAGAAAGAAAAACCAACCGUACAAGAACCACUGCAGGAUAUCGUGACAGAAUUGAACAAAGAAAUCACAUUAUCUUGUGUAUUCGGUGGAAUACCUGAGCCAAAGGUUACAUGGAAGAAAAAUGGAAAAGUUAUCACGUCGAAGAGUACACGAUAUGAAAAUCGUGUAUCCAAGUACACUAUUGAGAAGACAACAAUUGAGACUGAAGCGACGUACACAUGCGUAGCUGAAAAUGAAAUGGGCAGCGUUGAGACCUCGUGUAGAGUCAUUCUGCAAGAAAAACCAACCAUUGAUAUCGAUGAAAAGUAUCUGGCACAAAAAAUACGUGCAGGCAAUAGUUUGAACAUUCCGGCCACUGUUCGUGGUUAUCCACAACCGAAAAUUACCUGGUACAGGGAAACCACCGAGCAAACGACCACAACGGAACGUGUGACAAUCGAAACCACAGAGACCACCUCGACCUACACACUGGAAAAGGUGACACGUGAAGAUUCGGGACGUUACAAGAUCACAGCUACCAAUAUAUCUGGCACGGCUACAACUGAGUGUACGAUACAAGUUAUUGACAAACCAAGCCGACCGCAAUCGUUGGAAAUCAAAGAAAUGAAGAAAGAUGCCAUUACACUUGAAUGGACGCCACCAAUAGAUGAUGGUGGUUUGGAGUUGAAUAAGUAUGUUUUGGAGAAAUGUGAUCUACAAAAUAAUCUAUGGAUGAGGGUAGCUGACUUGGAAAAAGACAUACACUCCUAUGCAAUACAAAAACUUUCCAUGAACUCGCAGUACAUGUUCAGAGUGGUAGCAGCUAAUCCUGUUGGUGAAUCUGAACCAACUGAGAGUCAGACAGUGACGAUCAGUAAAAAAUUCGACAAACCAUCCCCACCGCGCAGUCCAACGGAAGUUUUCGGCAUGACAGAUACGGCAUUUACACUUUCAUGGGAACCAUCGGAAAGCGAUGGAGGCUCAAAGAUUACCGAAUAUAUUGUUGAAAUCAAAGAAUUCCAUGAAACUGAAUACCGUUUGCUUGGUAGCACGAGCGGCAAUGUUACAAAUAUACUGGUUAGUGAUGUUGUAAAGGAUCGGGCUUAUCAAUUCAAAAUAUAUGCAAAGAAUGAAGUUGGCAUUAGUGAAGCACUUGAGACUCUAGACAAAAUUGUUGUAAGCAGAAAGAUAACUCCUCCAUCACCACCACAAAACUUGCGCAUCCCGGAUGUGACGAAUCGUAGUGUAACUCUUGACUGGGAAGUUCCAGCGAGCAAUGGAGGUUCUGAGAUAACUGGCUACUGCAUUGAAAAACGUUCAGCAACAUCGACCAAAUGGACAAAGGUAAUCACAUUGGAUGCACACUGUCGCCAAUACACGGUGGAUAACUUGAAGGAAAAAUGUGAAUACUGGUUUAGGGUAUCAGCUGAAAAUGCGGUUGGAUUAGGUGCACCAGCCGUAACAGAGAGCGUAUCCCUAAAGACGCACGCAACUGUUCCUUCGCCGCCCACUGCGCCAUUGGAGGCUCGAGUACUCGCCGCCAAUGCUCACAUAUUUGAAUGGGGUUUGCCCGAGUCAGAUGGAGGUGCGCCUCUGCUCGGCUAUCACAUUGCAAUACGAGACAUGAAGAAGGCGAUGUGGAUCGAAGUGGGUCGUGUACCGGCCGGUGUGCUAAGAUUCCAGAUACGAGACUUACAAGAGAAUCAUGAAUAUAUGAUACGCAUAUUUGCCAAAAAUGAAAUUGGUCUUAGUGAGCCACUCGAAUCGGAAGAACCAUAUGUAGCGAUGACAGCAGGAUAUUUGAGUUUACCAGAUGAGCCACGUACGGAAAUGAGUUCAUGCAACACAUCAUCCUGGUUGCGUGAUCACAACAUGGACGCGGAUAUUCAUUCGUAUGCUCGUGGUAAACUGCUACGUCGAGACGAAUACUUCUUCCGCAUUUGGGCAAAAUUGCCAAAGAGCAAAAAGAAGAAAUCUUCAAAAUAAGAAAACCAAACCAAAAAAAAAAAAAAAUGAAAAA